AGGCAAGGUGCUCGCUCCCUAACAACAUGGCUGCUGCGGUACAGUGUCCGCUCAGAAGUACAUUAACACACGGGAGAAAAACAUCAUUUUGAAAGGAUAUAUUUUACAACGACCAGGAUAUAAGGAGAGGUGAGUUGACUAAAUAUUAAAGUCAUUAAUGUGUUGUGGUGUUACGGUGAAUAUUGUUACCGUUAAAGUGUUGUUAGGUCGAGGGGUUGGUUCUGUUAGCAUCUGGCUUUGACACCCAGGGAGGGUAGGGACGUUUAAUGUCAGCAGCGAUGAAAGCUACUCAUAUUUACCUCCUUUACACUAAAUAUUUCAACAUUUUUACACUUGUUUUGUAAAAAUUAACGUUGAAGAUGUGUUGUCAGCUUAAUAAAGGCUAUAGCAGGUUUCCCAAGCUAUCACUAUCCACCCUCCACGCUUUACUUGUUGGUCCUGCCAUGAGAACAGAUAUCUUCAUGUCAUUUAUGGCAGUUUGGCAGUAAUCUAAAUGCUUUUUUUAUUUUCAUUAUUAUUAAUGAAAACAUAGACCUUGUUAUAAUGUUGUUUUGCUUCACACCGUCUCAAAAAGCUCUCUCUCACUGCUAAAGGGUCAAGAAUCAAACUUGUAUCAGGUUUACUCCUGUAAUGCCGACUGGACUGUUUGUUUUUGCAUCAUCCCAUACCUCCCAUACCAAUAAUACUUAUAAAAAGAUCCAUUAUGUAUAACAAAUAUGCGUUAUUGACAUUUCAUCCCAUUUUAAAUAACACCUUUUUUUUCGUAUAAGAUUUGGGAAUGUCAGAAAUCCUGAGAAGGAAAAGCAUCUUAAGUUAAAAGCAUUAUGCAACAUUUAUUAGAACAGACUUGGUAGAAAUGUAAAAUAGUAUCCAUAAGUAUGUUUAAACUAGUUUAUAAUAGGGCCCGACCGAUAUGGUUUUUUGGGGCCGAUGCCGAUACCGAUUAUUAGGGGAGAAAAAAUCUGAUUACCGAUUAAUCGGCUGAUUUUUUAAUUUUUUUAUGAAGUUAUAAAAAAAUAUUUAUAUACACUGUAGAUAUACUCUAGGCCAGACAUUUCCGGUCCGGUCUCAUCUGGAGGCAUGCAGCUAUCUCAGUAACAGAAGUAGCUCGAUCACGUAACGUGUACUGUUGUUUAUUCUACCGUUACUGGCACGGCUAACAGUGUACCAAGGCUAAUAGCAGGUGGCUAACUCUAACUUUAGCUUGCAUAUUACAUGGUGCUUCAACGUUAAUGCGGCGUGACCAGCACAGCGGGGAACAUGGUGAAGUGGGUUGAACUGAAACUUGUUGACUUAUUGUGUAUUUCACAAACUGGUUUAUUUACCGUUAAGGCGGACCACUCUCCUCCAUGCGUCCCUGAGCUGCCUGCUUCAGAUCCGUUACUCUGCUGUGCUUUGAGAUAGUUUGUGGAUGAAGAUAGUCAUGAGGUCGCUGCACCAUCUACAGGAUAAGUCGGGGAACUUUUCAAAUGGUGGAACAUUUUCAAAGUGAGACUGAAAAUAUUGGCGAAAAUCUGCGCUUUUUGGCCGAUUACCGAUUAGUCUCAAACUGGCUAAAAUUGGCCGAUUUCAUCAGCUGGCCGAUAAAUUGGUCGGGCCCUAGUUUAUAACCAGCUGCAUCCCAAAAUUGUUUAGCUUCUGUUAACUUAAUUCAAGCCUUUUAUAUCUACACAGGAGGUGGUCCCCUUGCAUUGGAGUCACCAUCCUGCACUACAUUAUUUCCAAAGUGGAAGUAAGGACAAACUAGUACCAUAUACAUCUUUGUAUUUUGUGAGUAGCUGCAGGAAAUACAGGAGACGUUAUUGUUGUGCAAAAGCAUUUGAAUUGUUAGAGAUUUUUCGUGGUUCACAAAUAGUGGGUAAUUUUUGCCAUCAUGGAGCUUCUUGUCCUUGAAGGCCACCAUCCCUUCCCCUUUACCAGGAGUGAGCAAAGGAGCGAGAUUUGACUUAAUUUGGCUCACUGUUUCUUUAAACCUUCUUUGUAGAAUAAUUGACAGGGAAAUAGUUUAACAUUAUCCGCCAGUUUCUUAAAAGGUAAUGAUUUACAUUCACAAUAUUUACUCUAGUUAUUCUAGAUUUAUUAUUUAAGAGGAAAAAUUGUGUUCAUAAUCCAACCACAAAGGAACAGAAAUAUUUCACUGAAAAUUGGAAAAUUGGAGAUAAAAAAGAUUCUAUGUAUCACGGUAAAAUAUUAAAAAUAUAAAACAUAAAUCCAACAAUAACCUUAUCCACAAAUGUUGUAUUUUUAGUAUGUUUUAUAAAAUCAUUUGCAUGCUUAAUUUCAAACAUAAAACACAGAAUGUCAGGUCUAAAACAUUUAAUCUCCAUUAUGAGGCUCUAAAUCAUAAUUUAGAGGUUUGCAAAAAGGCUUUCAGUUCAGGUUAUACUGUUCAAUCUAAUAAGCAUCACCUUGAUGCAAAACUUUUACAUUCUCUAUCACAUCUCUGAGAGUUAAUAUUAAAUAGAACAGGUACUUGAAGCUUAAGGUAGCCUUUUAAUAACCUAGUUUACUUCUGCAGCGCCCAUGUUAUUUUAAUGUCCAUGAAUUGGGAAAACAAAUCCAGUGAAAGUCGUUUAACUCGCCUGACAAGGAUUACCUGACUAAACUUAACUUGUUCGUAGUAGAGUAACCUGUUCAGAAACGUGUCUCAAUCACACUGUAGAUGCCAGCUCUAAAUAAGGAUAGUAGCACAUGCUGUGGUUUUGUGUCGCCCGCUUUGGCACCUCAUGCACAAAAGUGAUACAACCUCUUAGGUAAAGUGUGAGGUAAAUCGAGGAUAGCAAGCAACCUGAAUGGAAACUACUGCCAAGGUUGGAUUAAGGGGAUUUCUGAGAGACAAACAAAGUCUUAAGGUUGUGUGUUAUUUUCUGAAAUGCAGAGGAGGGUGUUGCUGAAGUUGACUCUUGAGGCUUUUAUAGGCCUUGUUACCUGACGUCAUUUUGACAGAGCAGGAGAAAAAAAAACUAGGUGUGGUGUUGAAUUCAAUAUACAGUACCUGCUUAGCAGCAUUGUUUUUAGACCACUAGAAACUUUUGUUUUUGCCACUUACAGGCUUAGGUUGAUCAUUACAAGAUAUUACAUUUCACAGUUGUGUUGAAAGUGUCUUUUGUUUUUGAUCAGUCAUUGUGUUCCCUCUUUUUUACAUAUAAAAACUAGGGCUGGGCAAUAUGGCCUUAAAUCAAGAUCAUGAUUUAUUGAGCAGUUCACCUCAAUAAAGAUAAAUGGACGAUAACUACUCCACAAGCUGCUCAACCCCUUCCACAUUAAAUUCGUCUACUCCAGCUGCUACAACUUUUGAACCGUCCUCCAUUUCCUCACUUGCUUUCCCUUUUUGUUACGGACUGGAUGGGGUGGAGUCAUGUCUCUGAUAGUGGUGCAAUGGAUCACAAAACCCACGGAUCGGAUCGUUCCUCGGAUCAAGAGUCACAGAUUGGAUCAUUUUUCGAAUCAGCAAAAAGCAAAAAAAAAAAAAAAAGAGAAAUAGACAUAAGUUAUGUCUGUUUAUUAAACACUUAAAUGAUUAAAUUAAAAUAUAUAAAAGUAGUGCACAAGGCAUAAUAUCUUCUUUUUAACAAACGUUAACGUUACGUCUUCCUCGUGGAAGAAAAGGGAAAUAUUUUAGUCAAUAUUUCCCUUUUUUGACGCUGGCAUUGACGAAAAUAUUUGACGAAAUAUGACGAAAACAACACUGCUUUAAACCAAAUGAAAGAGGUGAGCCCACAAAUACAGACGAGCCGAUAUGUCGUAUUUGUUCCAAAGUUGUGGUGACAAAGAAGGGGAAUACGACGAACAUGCAUGUGCACCUCAAGCACAAUCAUCCCCUCCAUUUUUCUCAACCGAGCAAAAAAAGUACCGCCGGAGGUGAGGAGCCAUCGUCCCGACAGAUACCGCUUACUGAAGAGUUUGGUAAGCAAAGCAAAUAUAAACAAAACAGUGCAAAAUGGUGCGCGCUGACAGACAGUGGAAAUAAAGUUUAUCACUUUUGACACGGUGUACUCGCAUUAUUAUGCCAUAUAAUAUCAUUAUAAUUUAAAAAACGGUGUCAAUAAUAUCGUUUAUCGGCGAUAAUUUGUAGCACAGUUAUCGUCCAGCAAAAUUUGUUAUCGUGACAGGCCUAGUCAUAUGGCUUUCUUAUGCCACAGUGCUUACACGCCGUCGCAGUUUUGUCCACUGACCUCUUUCCUUCUUCAUCAUAGUUGACAGGGAAGCCAAAAUGCUCCCAUACAGGGGAUUACAGGGAUACAUUUAUGUGUCGCAAGGCGUUCAAGCUCCUCCUUUCCUCCGCUCGCCAUGUCUGCCCUCCUCCUUUUUCCGCCAGCCACAAGCUGUGUGCGGACGGAGCACAACUUUUUUUUUUUUUUUUCAGAAAUCAAUCCGUGGGUCACGUGUGUGCCGAACCGAUGACGUCGAUCCGAACGGAUCACGGAUCAAUGAUGAUCCGUUGCACCACUAGUCUCUGAUGUAGGACAGUGUCUUAAAGGGACAUUAGACCAUACCCUACCUACACACAUCCAAAACCAACUCUUAUUUCUUUAUAUUUUUGGUAUUGGUAAAUUUUUUGGUUUAUCGCCCAGCCCUACUUGCUAUCACAGUUAGUUUGAAUUAUUGUUUGUCAGUGGUGUGUGUGAUUUGAUAGGUUUCAACUAGGCCUGCAGGAUAGUAGGAAAAUGUCUAAUGACAUAGUUUGAUGAUGCAACAAUACGAAGUGUGAUAAAUGGACUGACUGCACAUUGGUUAUUCUAGUUAUCUAUAAAUAACUACGGUAAGCUGUCUUUGUUGUUCUGCUCUUAUUCAUGGUUGACACUAUCUGUGUUUUUAGCAGCUGUGCGUCCAUCAAAGAACCUGGUUCAGUAUGGUUUGGCAUACGUUGUGAUCGUUUGCAAAUCCGGUGUCCAAAGUUAGGGAGGGUACCUAAAUAAACAAUCGGUACUAUCCUACUUCUUUGGCACCUUUAUGUGGGGGGCCCAGCAUAUCUAUCUGACCCCAAAGAGUGAGGCUAGACUCUAUGCGUUACAAUUAUUUAGCAGAAAAGGGGGAAGGCGGAAUCAUACUGGGUUAUGGCUUUGUUUAAUGUACGUUUUUAUACAUAUAAAGUGCCAUAACGGUUUGGAAAAGAGCUGUGCAGCUCACUUCUUUUACCAAAUGACUGGCCUGAACUGAAUAAAAGCAUCAUAUAAAAACAGGGGAGUCUCUUUACAGAAACAAGUAGAGUUUUGUGCAGAUCAAACUGCACUAAACUCUACCGAACCAAACCAGACCGUUUGGUGGGAAUGCACCGUUUAUUUCCCCCUGGAUCCAAAGAAACACCAAGCAGUUUAUUUCACCACUAAUGGGGCAGCAUUUAAUCCAGAGAUCGCUGAAAGUGAGUUUGGCUUCAUCUGAGUUUCAAAGUGUUUCAUACCUUUUAGAAAUUUGGAUCCCACAGUUUUAAGAAAAUGAAUCUGGGUUUAAAAAGAAAGCGCAUGAAUAACCCUUUGAGGAUAUUUUGGCAUUUCAUCCUGAGUCCAAGUUUCUGCUGUAAAGACUACGUUGUUUGAGAGGGAAUCUAAUCUUCCUCUAUCUGCUCUGCUUUUGCCCGCAGUCCUCACACGCCUUCUGACUCCUCAAUAGGGUCGUCUCUGGGUUUAAUCUUACUGGAACAGUCUUGCUGUGCAGUCAGUGCAGUGCCCCCUCUCACCUUUCACUCUGUCUGGCUGUCGUCCCCCUCUGUUCGGCUGAGCUCUGUCAACCCUUUGCGAAUGGAGACUGCUGACUCUGGAGUUCGGUGGUUUUUCUGUGCCAAAGGAAGCUGCUUAUGUGGCCAGAGCGAGUGUUGAGCCUGGUGUCAGUAGAUUCAGGGCCACGGUCGGCUUUUCAAUAGAGCUGUAAACCCAACCCCCAGCAACAUGACUGUAUUGAAGCCAACUUUGACUGAGCAGGUUGGGCUGAUAUGUAGUGAUAAAACCUGAACUAUGAUGUAAUUUGACUUUGGCUAGCAUAAAAAAGGCAGGCUACAAUGACUCAAAACAGUGGUUCUCAAGUCCAGUCCUCGAGGCCCACUGUCCUGCAUGUUUUGGAUAUUUCCCUGCUCCAACACACCUGAUUCAAAUGAUCAGCUCGUUAUUAAGCCUUUACAGAGCUUGAUAACGAGCUGAUUAUUUGAAUCAGGUGUGUAAGUCAGAACCACUGACUUAAAAGAUUUUCAGCUGGAAGAACCCGAUGAAUCAAAUACAGUAGAAAAGUGCUCCAAAUAAAAAAGAGACAAAAGCUAUGUAAAACCUUAUGACCGUAUUGGGAGGAUUAAUUCAAGGUAAAAUGCUUUCUCAGGGAUGGAUAAGCUGGUUUGACAACAGGGAGAAUAACGAAAGUAGUUUCUAAGCUGGUUUUGACUCUUUUCGAUGCCAUCUAAGAAACCAUCCACAUCCAUCAUCUUCUGAUGGUGUUCUGCCUCUGGGAGCGGAUGCUAACUUCUCAUUAUUUUUAAUGGAGCCAACAGUUAGUGAUUAAUGACCCACUCUGAUAAAAAAAUCAUGUUUUUCUUGUUGUCUACAUGUUCAUAUGGUAUUUUGCUGAUACUACAGGACAUAUGAGAAAAAUAAGUGCUGAAUUGCAUUUUUGAGGAUUUCUGCAUUCAAAUCUGUUAACCUCUGGCAGACCCAAACAGCAGGCUCAGACACAGUGAGAUUUCCUAUGUCACAAAUCCAAGCUCCGCCCCUGGAGCACUGCUAUGCACGAAACAAGCGUCUGUGUUAGUGGAUUGAAAUGCUUGUAAGAAAGCUGAUUACGAUAUUAACUUUCAUCAUGUCCUGAAAGACAUUAGUGUCUGAGAGCUGAAUAGCUCCUAUGUUACCUGUCUUUUUCUACUACACCGGCAAUGUUAGGCUGCAAGCUAGCAUGUAGAGGAGAAGUGUGCAGAGCAUGACUCAGAGGCGAAUUGAUAAUGAGCUGCUGGAACUCUGCAGAAUAAAAGCGCGUUAAAAACGCCACAGGUAAUGUGAUUUUGGCAAAAAACUUCAUAAUCACAGUUUAAAGACCACUGAGAACACUGAAAGUAGUAAAAGGCUUCCACUUCUUGAUCCAUCUCAUUCUCCGGUGUAGCUCUCCUUCAUCCGUCUCAGAUAGGUCUUCAGUAUAUGGUGUGUCAUGGAGGGAUUUUACCCUAGCUUACAGGAGCUAUAGAAACCUAACUAAAAGAAAGCGGUUACCUUGUGAUUAAUUUGCAUUUAACAAGUCUUAAUUUUGCUGCAAUAAUGACAUUAGGGUGCAUUUUUGUAACAAGGAAUUUCUGAUGCGUUACAGAAAGCCAGGAAAUUAAAACGCUGAUUGUCUUUAUAGUCAUAGUGUCAAACAGGUUUGUGUCUCAGUGUAAAUUUUAGAUAGAAAUGGCAUUUAUUUUCCUUAUUUAAGCCUGAAAAUUUGAAUAUAAAUUAUCUACUACCCCUCACAGGAGCUUUAAACUACUAAAUGUUUUAAAGUACUACUAAAGUGUUCAGGUUUCUGCUCACUGAAAUAAAAGCACGUCUACAAGUUAAGAUGUCACAACCCCCUUGAGAGUGUCUAAAAGUUUGUACAGCUCUGUUAAAGAUAAAGACAUUUCUACACAGUGCAAAUAGAGACAUUCAGUGUGUGAAUUUAACAAAGGCAGUGGCACUUCUCAGGUGUUCGUGCAAAUGGUCGUAUGUCCACACGAUGUAGCAACAUUUACUCUGAAAGCUGAGCACGGAGCUCCUUUCUGUUUGCUGUUGUGCCUGAGUCUGAAGUAUUCCCAUAAAGCAGACGUGUGUUAUUUUUCAUCAAGCCAGUUUCAGGGUCAGCUUGCUGGGCAUGCUUCAGCUCGCUGGUAUGCUUGUUGGUUAGUCUGCAGCCAGCAUACUGGAGAGUCAUGUGAGCAUACAAAACAUGCUGCACGCACAAGCACACAUCCACACAAUCAGACACGCAUUUAUGUUCAAGUUAUUCUUAUCUGCGUGGUUACAUAAUUGCACAUUCUCAUAUCCUGAAGUGUGUGUGUCCUUGUCACUCUCUGUCUUAUUUAACAGCCAUUGUCUUAAUUAAACCUGCCCUAGAUUAUUAUGAAUGCUUAAACGUAGAAGUUCCAGUUGCUGUUGGAUUGAUAAAUGUGCGAUCUGUCAUCUCUCCACAGAUCUCUACAUGCAUGCUGAGAAGACGGUCACUGUGCCACACCUGAUCCACAGAUAACCAUCCACACCUUCAGCCCUUAAACCCACAGAUCCUUGCUUCUCUCUGCUGGUCCCUGCAAGUGUGGGCGUGCCUCCUGUCACACUGGCAGAGGAGGUGUGGCCGGAGGUGUUGCCAGGCGGGGGACCAAGGCUGCACCCGCCUGCCCUCUCCAUCUUCCUCCGUCCGAGUCUGGACCUCUGGAGUUUUCUGGGGCAGCGGGCUGAGAAGGACCCAGCUGAGGAGGGCCUCAGGUGUGUGCUGACCAGGUUUGGACAUUGCAGAGCAGCAGGGACUGGGCUCUGCCAGGCGGUGUUGGCUGGUUAAGAAGCAGAGCAUGUGGAGAGGCUGUGGUUGCCAUGGAGCAGCAGGAUAAGAAGCAGGUGAGUUGAGUUGUACUGUUCAGCACUUUCUGCCCAAAGGUCCCUAAAGUGGAAAGUUGUUUGCUGAGCAGAUUGGGCCCCUGAGAUUACACCACUCUGAGGGGAGAGUUUAAUUAUGCUGCAUUACCCUCCACUCUUACGUUUCAUUGUGAAGUCAGGCAUAAUAUGAAGCACAGGACUUAUACAAAAACAUGUAUAUAUACAUAUGUCCAACUUUCAAGCCUUCCUGCACUUGUGCUCAUCUGUCUCUGUCUCUUAGUGGGUCAUAAGGUUUCAAAUGUUUCUUAUGAGACAAUUCCAACUGUGUCCAACAAAGUUCUUCGCCUGCAGUUUCUCUGAAGCUGUGUUGCUCUUUUUAGAGGCAUCUGUUUUUGUCUAGAAGUUUGCAAUCCCGAUUGCCCUAUGGUUAUGUAGAGACUUGUGAGGUCACAUCCUGCAACCAAUAUACUUUGAAUUGUGCUCCCCCCCACGCAGGCUGAACUGAAGAGUGCCUCGUCUAUGUCCUUAUAUAUCCCCAAACGCUUGCAUAGCAGCAAGAAGAUACCAUAUGCUUUAGGGCUGCACAUAAAAAAAUAGAAGUAAUUCAUGAUUGUUUUUUUUGGGCCUCUAGUGAGGGGCCUGCAGUUAAAAGGUAAGCCAACAGGGUUGAACAAUCCGCAGUGGGGCCUCCUCAGAUGUUUUGGUGCCCUGAUAUUCUGCUCAGUGCAGGUUUGCUCGACCAUGUCCUCCAUUUCUGUAAAAUAACAUUACUGUAUCAGUUUACUGAGAUCAUGAUCUUGGACUGGCCAGGUUACAUUGAGAGUGCCCUCUGCUGGGUCAUAUGGCAGGUUACUUCAGACAACCUGAUGUGCUGGUACACUGAGUUAUUAUGAGUUUAAACAGCUUGUUACAGUUCAAAUCAAUGUUUUCACCUAGAUUUCAAAUAAAAGUUGAUCUGAAUAAAAAGUGACGGCCCUAAUAGGCAGAGAAGAUGUUAAUUGAAAGGUUCCCCAUAAUCCAGGUCCAUUGUAUUUAACCAAACUUAUAAAUAAAGCCAGCACACACUGCUCAUGACAUGUCACUAAAUCCUCAAUACCUCCCAUCGCAGCACAGAUACCGUCUACAGCCACAGUGCUGUGUUCCUGAUGUGUAGCUAGGUCACUUGGAAACUACAAUAUUAAUGAAAACUGAAAGUUUAAAAUGAAUUUAGUCGAUGGAAUAUUGCAAUAUAUAACUUUGCUUAUAGUAUCACAAGAUUUUGUUUCACCUACCCUGAAUGUAAUAUGAAUUACACCACCAGAUUCUUGCCGGUACAAAGCCUUAGUUUAUACAUUAGACGCUAGCUCUGAAACACAUUUGAGAAGUCUGCUGUCUGUGGAAAAUAUACAUCCAUUCAUAGAAGUAGUCAUUGGUUGCAUGGGUAUAAAGAAAGUUUAUUAUCAUCCAAGUCCUUCCAAAUUAGUUUUCAGUUUGAAACAAACUGUGGUAGAUGUUGAAAUAAGGAUAGUUCUCGCUGUAGUUUUACUUUUUCACAGUUUUCUCUUCCAUGAUGAUCUGGCCUCAUGGGCUGUUACCAAAGUUACUUCAGAUUUUUUGUGGUUCGCAAAGUGUUAUUAUAAAAACAUUAUCUGUACGCAAUUUGCAAAAUUGUCUUUGGCGUCACAGAAGAAAACACCAAGACAUGAAUCACAAACAAGAGGAUAUUUAAAAAUCACAAGCUGUCGAGAGAGCACCUGGAAGCUUUGGCAUCAUCCCCGCCAUCGUCCAUGAUUAACAGACAGUAUUCAAAAAGAAGACGUAUAAAAAGUUAGAACUGAUCAAUGAAGCAUUUUCACUUCAUAAACUUUCGCAAAGUAGAAAAAGAAAGACCUUGAAGUCACUGGCAUUUCCACAGUCAACAUGGUGCGUAUAAAAAGGAGAACCAUUGUGUAGUUGAAGGCAGCAAACUUUGCAAACCCUGGACGGUUAUAUUCUUUGGGAUUAGGGUUGAAGCUCCGGGUCAGCAGCAGAGCCAUGACUUAUGGGAUAAUAAUUAUUAACAGAAAUUUACACAAUCUGUUCUUUGUCUUUGAGUUUUGCAUCUUUAAUCUCAGGUGAACAUUGCCCAACAAAGAAUGGAUUUCAUUCACAUUCUCAUAUCUACAGGUUUUCACAUGAACUCGAGUCAUCCUCAGAUGUUGAGUCAUUUCAGUUCUUCUAAAGGGUUGAAAGUUCAACUCUCUUCAGUUAAAGAUAGAUGUGGAGGAGAGGCAUUUCACAACCCGGCACUGUAGGAGUAGAAACGCCGCUGCCGCUGACCUGUUGCUCAACAGGUUUCGAGGAAAGCUUUCUUCCUUUCUAUCUCAGUGUUCCCACCUAUGUGCUGUUACCUCUUAUGCAAUCAUUAACUCAUAUCUGUACAGUCAGACCCAUGGAGCUGCUCCCCAUCUGAACUGAAGAGACGUGAAUGUCCCUCAAGCCUUUGAGACAGAGGAGGCCUUUUCUUUCUACGUAUUUGAGUUACAUAACACAAUGUCUAUUAUAUCAUGAAUAGUGCACUACUCUGAAUUCAUGGUGAGGGCUUUAUUGUGAUUGUGCCUCUGUUUAUUGUGUGUGAGAGAAACACUGUAGAUACACCGUUAUAAUCUCAUACUGGAAAAUAUAUACAACCAACAGGAGCCACAGUCUAGUUACAUUCUGAGUAAGUUAUGUAGAAAAAGAUGGUUUGAUAUGUAUCUGAUAUCAAUGUGCUAGGUCUAGAGAUCAUUAAUGCAAGUCAAAGAUAAUGUGUUUGUUAAUCUUUACAAGUGGCUGUCCUGAUACAACAUUUUUAAUUCCGAUACAAUACUGAUAUUGUCGCCUUCAGUAUCGGCUGAUACCGAUAUUGAUCGGAUAUUUGCACAAAUUUGUGCAUGACAAGUUUUGCACUCGGCUACAACAUCUUUUUCGGACUUUAACGAAAAAUACUGCCACACGGCCGACAUCACUCCUACUCCUUGCUACUUUGUUAGUACCUUAGUAAACACUGUUGUUGUGAUCAUGUGGGCUCUGCAUGCUGGAUCCAGGCGCUGCUAGCUAGAGAUGCUGGAGCGGAGUCUGGAAUGGACUGCUUGUAUCGGAGUGCAAAUAUCGGAGAUUUAAGACGCAAGCUGAUAUAAUCCGAUUUUUUUUUUUCUGAUAUUGGACCGAUAUCAAUAUCAUAUUGGGACAUCCCUACAGUGUAGGUUGGUUUUAGGGGGGUCAGAGGGGUCUUUUUGGGGAAAGAGAAACAGCUACACUAUGAAGGUAAUUUGUAUUUGUAUAUGCACACAAACCAUCAUCUGUACAGGGGGAUCAGCUACAAACUUAUGACGUGUUAUAUUUGACCGUCUUUAUCGUGAAUUACCGUAAAAUCGUGAAUAAAAAUUGCGCCGGUAUUGUCGGUAUUGAGGAGGCCACUAGAGGGUAAAAGACGUCCAUUCAGCAAAGCCAACACUUGUUUAUUACAAGUGACACACUAGAAAAUCAGUUCCUCUUGUCAGAUCUAUACAGCUAAAGUGAGCCAGAGUAACGCCUCUGUGUUUACAGUGAAACUGAGACUCACCAGAAACCGAUGAUGGAAUCUCCUCUUAAGAAUGUAAUGAACUCAGAAAUGGUGCUGUUUUUCUAAAGAGGCAAAUGUUGCUCCAUCUGAACAUGCAGUUGCUUGUUAAGAUGCUGACUGGACUGUUAAUGCAGCACACAGGAUGGGUAGCCUCUGCUAGAAAUCAUUCAUUGCUAUCUGCUGGCUACUUCCCUGUCACUAACAGAAGCUUCGCUUUAUUGAUGCCUGGCGAUAGCUGUAGGGUUUUGAAAUUACUCUCUAUCUAUGUAACCUGCUCUAGGACUGACAGAUUAUUGUGCUGUUAUAAAAUAUAAAUGUUUAAAUGAUGGAUCUAUUAAUUCACCAAGAAGACAGGGCAUCAAUCAUCAAACUGGAGUUCAAUGCAAAUGCAGAUCAUAUUUACCCAUAUUUAUAUUUGUUUCAGUCUUGGUGUCUUUUCAUAUCUUGACAUUUUCAUCCUAAUACCACCCUGAUCAUCUGCUCCUGCUGACUGCUUUCCUACCGUUUUCCUCUCACUAUCUUCCCUCUAUGCAUCCCUCCCUUUUUCGCGAAACAUGCCAAGCUCACAGGAGCACAAAAUAGCUCAUCCAGGUUUAUUCAGGCCAGGUUGGCAUUGUUCCUCCCAUCAAAAGAGCUCUUUUUUUACUGCUCCACCGUGCCUGCCCCUCCUUUCUCUCGGUAUUCUGGGUUUUUUGUUGCUUAGUGUCUGAGCCAGCUGCUGAGCCGUGUUGAACUGAAUGAGGCUCGAGCUGUGCCAGAGAGGCAGCCAGACUUUGAGUAUUUGAAUUAAAGUUCAGCUGGCAGCGUGUGCACUGACGCUGGGCUGUGCUGUCUGCAGCCCAGUGACGAGGGAGAUUUUUGGGUGAGGUUUUGCAGCAUCUCAAGCUCUCCACCGACUGAAAGCAUGAGCAGGCUCUCUCUUCAGUCAGGAAUUCAUCCACGUCUUGGAGCUGCUUUCUAAAAUGUAGUAGUCAGGACGUUUAGCGCGGCUGUCGGUGGACGCUGCCCUCACCAGCAGAGGUGAUAAAGAUUUAAGAGAAGCGGGGUCAUCAUGGUGCUGAAGAUGAGAGAAGGGAUCUGCUUCAGGAAGAAGAGCUACGUAAGUUGUCUCUUGCUUUCUUUUAUCAGUCUGAUUAAAAACGUUGAAAGAUGUACAGUCAGACAUACUCUCAUUAAGACAUAUCCUUUUUCGUCUGCAGUGGACUUUGCAUGUUGGUGUAAAGCUCUUGGGUUCCCGGAGGUCGUCUGAGGUUAAUCCUGCAGGUUAUAGGUCUAGCCUGCUCUCCUCAGGCUGUAUAGGCUCCUUGUAUCGCAGCAUGCAUUCAGUCUCUGGAGGAUUUUUGUUGAGACUUUGUUUCUCUGGGAAAGCGGAAAGAUAUUUAUAGAUCAGCUGUGUGGGAUGCAGAGCUUGAAAGCUGAACCCUUGUGUGUGUGUGUGUGUGUGUGUGAAUGUGUGUGAGUUUUCAUAUUUGUGCAUGACUGGGCCUUUGCAGACGCACACAUCCGAAAAGUGACAUGAGGAGUGGGAAAGGUUACUUUCCCAUCAAUGUUAGAUAUGGCUGUAUUAUCCCUUCCUUUAUCAUUAACUUUCAUUGAAUGCAGCCAUCUCAUUCAGAGGCUAGUCCUGGAGUUUAAAGCUGGCUCUGUUUCAGCAAAUUUAACGCUCUUCACUACUCAUGCAUGUGAGAAGUUCUGGAGUUGUUUCAGUCGAUUGCCUGCUGGCAGUUGCCAAAUGGGCUGUUGCUUCAACGUUAUGCAAUCGUUUAAUGCUAACGUGACUGAUCAAAGUGAGACCAAAUGCUACAAACUCCUGUUUUUGCUGCCGACUGGCUCUGGCUGAUAUUCUAAGUUGAUGGCAACGUUACACAAAGGACGGUCUGUUGUGUUGGAGAUUAAAGUCCUUUAAUUUUAAUUAGAAACGGCUCUUACAUCACUCUUCAAAGCUACCAGACUACUCUGUUUUUUGUCAGGAGUAGGCAGGUUCUGGUGUUGUUGGAGUUGUUUGGCAUACAGUUUAAUUUAAAGCCCAAGAUGUCAAAGUUUAGUUUAUGACACUGACUUGACACAUUGCUAGAGGUAAUCAAUGCAAAUAACAACUGUGGAGUCAACUCCUGACAGACAGAAGCCAGUGGUGUACAAACCGCUGCAGUACACUGUAUAAUAUUCUUUUGUUUAAAAUAUCAGCUCCAAAAAUAAAGGAUCUGCAGCUUUCAAAUAUUUUAGUAAUCGAGUAUUCUAUUGAUUCAUCGGAUAAAAUAUGUUUUUUUUUUUUUUAGUUAAAGCACAAUUAUCGCGGAACAAGCGUGUGCAAAUUGCUAAUGGCCUACUGGAGCUCUGCAGGAGAAAAGCCCCUCUCAUCAUUCAUUUUUCCCGCUCCACAAAACCAAAACCAGCCACUUACUCCUACCCUGGUGACCUAAGCAUGUUGUGUUACCUUGAAAAUAAUCUGUGCAAAACAGUGACGAUUUGAGCUUAUAAACGAGUAUUUGAGGCAGAGAAAAUUCCUCAUUCAUUUUUGUAAUAGAGGUACUUGAGGUACUCGAGGAAUCAUUUCAGCCCGAAUAUCAACUGAAAGUAAAAUCCACUCACUAUGUGAGACUGGUAGCUUUCUAGCAAUAAGUUCCUCAAUUUAAUUGAAAUGCAUUUAUAAAGCAUAAUUUAAAACAGCACGAGAUUACCAAAGUGCCAAACACCCAGGUCGUUAAAAGAAAACAUUCAGAAAAUAAAACCAAUCAAAACAACAAGACAAUAAAAUAACAGCAAGUGUUUAGACCAAUAGGAAUAACAAAUAACUUUCAUGCUGAGCCAAAAGCCAAGGAGAAAAGUGUGUUUUGAGGUUUGAUUUAAAGACAGGCAGUGAGGAGGACAGACAAACAUGUGGAGGCAAAGCUUUCUAGAGCUUUGAGAAGCAUAAAAAGGGCUGGGUCUCCUCUGAGCUUCAGUCUAGACCAUAAGACAACCACAAUGAACAGCUCUGUAGAUCUGAGUGUCCCUGAUGAACAAUGAGGUUUUAAAAGGUCUGAGAUAAACCAGUCUGAAAAUGGACCUUGUCUCUGCAGCAGUGUUUUUAAUGAGCUGCAGAGGAGAUAGAGAUGCUUGACUAACACCUUAGUACAGUGCAUUACAAUAAUCAAGACCUGUGGUGAUGAAAGCAUGUAUAACAUUGUCAACUUAGGGAGAGAUAAAAAAGGAUUUUAUCCUGGAUAAAAGUUCAUCAUCCAGGAAAUGUUCUGUCCCACAGAGGAGGUAGUGUCAUUUUAGAGAGCGUCUGAAUCCAAACCAUCCAAAUGGAGAUAAUCUGUUCUCACUUAGAGAGAUGAUAUGGCUGUUGUUAGCUAAUGGAAAAAAAUGAACACUUAAUCUAAGGGGGUCAAAAUAGAAUAGUUCAGAAUAGACAGCAUUUGAUGUCAUCACACAGUGUGCACUAAAAUGAGAAGAAAUACCCAAAAGUGCAAGACUAUUGUGCUUUCACUGUAACAAAGCACAUAUCCAAGCAUAUAUACAUUAACGUAUGUAUGUAUACUAUAUAUCUAUUUCACCAGGAGAAUGAUUACUGAUGAUUAUUGUUUCUGUUGUUUCAGGAGGAUGCUGUGGCUUUGGGCCUGUCGACUGGCCAGGCUCUGGCCAAGCUGCGGGACCAGCUCAGUGGCCUGCUGGAGCAGCACCAGAGGACCGCACGGAGACGAGCCUCUGCACAGGUACAACUUUAUACAGCCAAUCUGCUGCACAAAGCACCGCAGAGCCGCCUAUCAUGGUCUUAUACCCCAUUUUGUAUCAUCAAUUGACCAGUCAAAACCAAAAGUCUCAGAAAUAAUAAAUAUUGGACAUAAAUCCUUAAGAAAAGCACUUGCUAAAGCGACAAAAAUGUCAGAAGAAAAUUUGACGUGCACCUUUUUAUGGUUUGACCCAUGUCCCAUCUGUUAACAUAGAGGAGGCGGACUAAUUGAAUUUUACUGUCAGCAGGGGCUGCUCCAAAUAGUUUGGCCUCACUUUUUAGAAGCUGUCAAGGCGUCCAUCUAUGGCUGCCAGCUGGAGGCGUAUCCUGAUGAUGACUGAAGUCUUUAGAAAAACAGAGAGUCAAAUGAGAAAAUAGUUUAUUUACGUGCACUUAGAUUGUCUGUCAUAGUUUUUUAUAGCUGUAUUCUCGUUUUCAAAGGAAAAGGUUAAAGCAAAACCAGUUAAAAUGCUGAAUAGAGCCUUUUCCCUUGAAAAAACAUUUUUUAAAGUUUUAGUUAUUUGCAGGAAUUCAGGGAGCUACAAGGCAAGCUGCCACUAACAAAAGUCUAACUUUAUUUUCUUCGCUAAUUUUUAGAUGAUCACUGAUUGAAUCUGGGAAGUGAUCAAAUUAAAUUUAACUGAGAUCUAAAAUAUGACGGCGCUGUGUCUGAUCAGUAAGAAAGCAGCUGAAUUUAUACACUAUAUCUAGUGAAAACUUCUUAUGAAUUAGACCUGAAGACCUCAAUUACCAGCAAAACAAGAGUGUUUUGAUUAUAUGAUCCUCCUGAGGAUGUUUGAUCUUCAUAAUAUAUGAAAACACGACCCACACAGAAAAGCUGGAUGUUCCGCACAGCCUUGAUCCCAUCCACUAAUAGCAGCACAGCUCAUUGAUCGCUCUUUAAAUAAACUGGUCACAUGUUGGGGCUCUUACAUAACUCGCUGCAUAUUGUUUUGAUUAUGCCUCCUUGUUUUCUCAUGUUUUCAUAGGAACAGUGGGUAAAUAGCUUUCUUUACCAUGGCAACCGGCACUCCUGUCUCCAUUGGCCAGGAGCUGCCCUCACUCUGCUGGUGGUGCUGGGACUCUUCUGUUGCCAUGGCAGCCAGCCAAAGGGCAGGUAUGUGAAAGAUUUUGAUCCAGAGUAUCCAUAAUACUGUUGUUGCAACAUGUUAAUAUAUGUUUAUUCCAAAAAAACAAAUGUUUUGAUGCUUUGCAUGAGGAAAGUUUUCAAUCUUUUAGAAGCCGUUCAUUUUCUCUGAGAGCUGCAGUGAGAUGUGAUUUGUCAUGCUGAUGCAUUAUUGGCUCAAUCCCAAUCUCCACGCUAAAGCCUGAACGCUGAACCCCUUAUGGAGAUGAAUGAAGUCAGGCGUGCAGUGCACGAGCACUUGAGGUGGUGUAUAAAUUAAGACUAAGACACACUAUAUGAAAUCAUGUUUCCUGGAAACAAUUAAAACAAGAAGGAAAAAGCCCACCCUUAUCACGUGUGUCUAAUUUGAUGAACAGUGUUAUUUUAGUGAACUAUCUAAAGUCAUAAGGCCAUUUAUCAUGACCCACAACUUUAUGAUGGUGCUUUUGUUAACUUAAAGCAGUGGUUCUCAAGUCCAGUCCUCGAGCCCCCCCAUCCUGCAUGUUUUGGAUGUUUCCCUGCUCCAACACACCUGAUUCAAAUGAUCAGCUCGUUAUCAAGCUCUGUAAUGGCUUAAUAACGAGCUCAUCAUUUGAAUCAGGUGUGUUGGAGCAGGGAAACAUCCAAAACAUGCAGGACAGUGGACCUCGAGGACUGGACUUGAGAACCACUGACUUAAAGUUUUAUUUAUUUAUGCUUUAAAAGUAACAGAAACAUUUGGGGGGUGGGCUGGAUAAUCAUCUCCUUCAAUUCAUGACAAAGAAAUGGCAGAAACAAGGAUGAAACAAAAAUUAUGUAACUUGGUAUUUAAGAGUCCUGACACUCUGUAGGUUGAGAAGACAUUAACAGUUCCACCUGUAACUACAUUAUCUCACAAUUAUUAUGUGCAGCCUCAUUUAACUAAAAUCUUCCCUUUUCAAGGAGAGUUAGCGGACAUGUUUUUGUUUCACUAUAUGGGAUUCAGUCCAAAAAUGUUGAACAAAAUAUUUAUUUUACUGAAAUAGCAGCAACACAGGGAAGUGAACACACAAAAAAACCUGAUGUGAUUCUUCCAGAUACGACCACAACGCUUAAAUUAUAGAAAAGGACGUCACUUUGGAUUCAGUUCAGACCGAACCUGCUGAUCUUUAAAGGACACCACUGAACCAUCUUAACUAUCUUUGUUUAUUCACUCCCAAGUGAAGUAAGAGGCGUUUGUAAGUCAAUGAUGUGUCAGAUGUGUUAAAGAGCAAAAGCACAAGGACAUUUGUGAAUUUAAGAUACUAUGAAGACAGCUAUAGGUAUCAGGUUGCUGAGGCUUCCUAAUUAAAAAUGAAAAUACAGCAACACAGUUAUAAAACUGUCACUUAAUUUUGUAAUUAAUGAUUGAGGUGAAUGAAUUGGCAGCAGCAGAGGGCUCUCCUAUUUCCCUUGGCAGACCGCAAUUCAGGCUGGUGACUGUCAGUUACCCUGGUAACAUUGAUGCACCAUCUGUCACUCUACUCUAUAUACUCUAUAAUCCUUGUUUUUCUUGGCUUUAGUGUUAUUUUUUCCUUCUAUUUUGCACAAAUAUAACUGAAGCUUCUUUCAGAAAUGCUCAAAGUUCCUGAAAGUUACUUGAAAUCACCAGGAUGAGCUGUACAUGGGAACGAGUGUUUCAAACCAAUUUUACCUGGAACAUUUCCUGCUAGCCCCCAGUAUCAUUUUAGGGCAAAGUCUGGGUGAGCUCAGGUGGGGGAUUUUGAUCUGAAUCAUUUGGCCGGUGUUGAAGCUAGUUUUGCGACUUUGUCAAAAAAUGCUGAAUGUGUAACAGGUAGUUGGUAAGUGCUAUUCAGUAUAGUUUUAAGAUCACAAAUGGGGAUUUUAGGAGAGAUAUGUUUUAGUCUUCCCUUUUAAAUAAUGUGUCCAGUACAGAAUCAAACUAUACCACACCAAUUAUCCCUCCGUUUGCAUUGUCAGAGUAGUAAAAGCACAAUUCGUCAUUAAGAUGCAUUCAGUUACUUGUUACGUUGAUGGAAAGGUGAAAAACUGCUAUAAGGAAAGUGUAUUUAUCUGUCUCUUUGUGCCAGUUCAUAAAUGUUUUAUUUCAUUAUUAAAGGAGAAACAAAAUAAAGACAAUAGGAUUGAAACCCUGAAGCCCUCCAAUGCCCCCUGUCCAACAGGGGUGGGAGCAAAAAAUGAUACAGCAUAGUAUCAAUAUUUUGUCUGGUGAUAUAUAUAUCUGGUAAUAUAGUGAAUUACUAAUAUGAAGUCAAAUCUAUGAUAAUGGAAAAAUAAUGUCAACUAUUUGUCCAGUGAGGUUGGCAGAGGUGACAUCAUAGAGCAGGAGAAAGUUAGUACAACAAAUAUAUAUAAGGUUUGCAAGAUGCGCUACAUGAAAAUAAAAUACAGCGAAAAUAAGACAAACAUAAAGAAAAGACAAAUGCUAAAUUAGCUUAACAGUUGAAAAACAUUUUAUAGAUCGCAAUAUAUUGUAUUGCAAAAUGUUAUCAUAUCGCGGCGUCAUUGGUGAUUCCCACCCUGACUGUCCAUCGGGGGAGACUUCACGCUGUGAGGAUGUACAGUCAGGGAAGCACAGUAGAAAUUUCAAGGUGAGACCUCCUGAAAUUGUAUAAACAUUUUCCACAGUGCACACUUGAAAACAGUUACUCACUGUUUGAGAAUAAAAACUAUCGACUAGUAGGUCCUGCAACCUCAUGUCAAAUGACCACACCCUCCCUUCACCGUAAGAUCUAAAGUCCAGUAGACAGAAAAGUGUUGCACUGUCUCUGUGUGUCUCUUUCAUCCUGUCAAGUGCUUUUCUACUUGAAGAACAGAAGUGAGAAAUUGCGAUUCCACCAUCAGCUACACAAACACCAGCUGUCCAUGUUCUUUUUAGCCAGCACUUAUUUGGAUUGAUCUUUUUUCUCUCCAUCCUUUUUUGAUUAAAAUAAGCUCUUGAAUACAGACUGAUAUAAAGUUUGCUAUCAUUGAAGAGCUGAUGGUUUUCAUCAAUAUUGCAUCUUUUAACUUCUUUUUCAAUCACACCACACAGGACCUAAGAGGGAAUUAUCUUGUCUCUGACUGUGAUUCAGGUUUUUCUCUUUAAUUCAUGUGCUUCACCUCCACAGUUCUGGCAUCGAGCUGGUGAACGCCAUCGCCCUCCUGCUCCUCUUCCUGCUGAAUCUGCUGCUGGUCGGACGUCAGGAGAGGCUGAAGAGGAGUGAGAUGGUCCACCGCCUCAAGGCAAUCAUCACACAGCUCAGUGGUGAGUCAGGCCUGUUGACUCACCAAUGGAAACAUUGCUAUAUAUAGGAAUCAUGUCAUUUAUUUUUUCCGGUUAUUAUUUACCAGGUAGGAUCCUCUUCAUGCAAUCAUUGUAACAGAAUUUACAGUGGAGCUUCUCUGGUGUGUUUUUCUGUCAAAUUCAGCACCAUGUGUGAACAAGGAUGAGGAGCUGUGAUAAUUUGUCCGUGAUUAAAACUGUAUUUAGAGCAAAAACAAAUUACAUAACUGAGAAAUCACACUGGAAGUCAAAGCAAGUCUGCGCACUCACACAGGGAAACACAGAGUAUGUGAAGCUAACCGUCAAUCACAGAAACUCUUGUCAUAAGGCAGACUAUUAUUAAGCAUGUUAGAGACUAAUACUGCGUUCUAGUUGUACUCAGAAGUCGGGAUUUCCGACACAUAAAGUCAGACGAUCCUCACCAACACCGACUUGACGAUAACGUCAUAAUCCAAGAUGGCAGCGCAGUGCAUCAACAGUAAAGAGUAACAGUGAAAGCUCUCGUAAUGUAUUAUUUAUUAGCACUUUUUGUGAAAUUAAAUUAGUGGUAUAUGUUCUACUCGCCACUGUCUAACUGUAAACACAGUGCUAUGGUGUUUGUAAUAGUAAAAUACUGUUUAUAGCUAGAACAGCUAACAACGGCUAACGGCAGCUGACAGUAGGCAUCCAUCUUGGUUUUCCAACUUGUUUUCUGGAAUGCUGUCAACUCAGGUGUAACAUUAUUCCCAGCUCCGACAUCCAACUUCUGAGGUAACUGGAACACAGCAUAAGCCAGUGCCAGCAUUAACAUGACUCAGCAAAAAAUAAGCUGCAGAUAAGAUUCUCUCUCUCUCUACAGUUUCUCUUUUUGAUCUCUCUCAACUGCUCCCAUAAUCCCUUGCUUCAUGUUGCUCCAGACUAUCUAACAGGGUGUGUGGGGGAAGCACGGUGGUCUCCAUCUCAGUACCCGGAUCUGUACACACCUACGUCCCCGGCCUGGUCUCUUCACUGGACCUACAGGGACUCUCAGCUGAUUAACCUGCCUGUUAGUCUGCUGGUGGAGGGAGACAUCAUCGCUCUGAGACCCGGACAGGAAGCGUUUGCUUCCCUCAGGGGCAUCAAGGUCAGUCUACAGGAUGUACGCAUGAUUUCGGCAAAGACACAAAAUGUGUCACUGGAGGAAAAUGUGCUGAAUUCAUUUGGAUUCUUAGCAAUGUGUCAAGAAAACCGAUGCAGCUCAGUUCUUUGAAAGUACAUCAGAAUUGCUUGAAUGUUGAAGUUCAUCGUCGACAGCAUUCACAUUUUGUUGAAAACAGUCAAUUCAACAUUGAUUCAUUUAAAUUAAAAAGGAAAAUAAUCCUCAAGGUCGUUUUAUUGCAACUUUACUCAGCUCACCGCAACAGCUAAGUAAAGGAGUAAAAACUUACAGUCACAAUUUUUAUUUAAAGUUCCUGUGAGGAUCUUUCAGUUUGUGUUCAUUUUGGUGCCUUCCUUGCUAAUCUUGUCCUCUAAAUGCUGAAGUGGAGCCUGUUUACAAAAUGUUUCAUCCUACUAUCUUUUGACAGUCACAUUUUUCAUUCCUUGUGAAUUUCUUAUGUGGAAACUGUAAAAACAGAGCUGUUUCUUCAGCUGCUCAGCUGACUAUGCAAAUAGUCAGUCUUGUCCCUGAUGGUCUUGUUUGCUUCUUUGAUAUCAUGAAAAAGCAUCAAUAUGAAUUUCAGGCGAUUUUUAUUUAAAGUUCCUGUGAGGAUCUUUCAGUUUCAGUCAUUUAUGUUUCUGCAAAAGUGUCUGCUGCACCUGUUCAAACUCUUUUGCCAAAUUGUUUGAAACCAGGACCCAACAAGGCAAAAUGCCUAAUGGAGAUAAUGCAGCCAAUAAAGGUUUGGCAGCCUAUUAUGUUUCUUUCCAGGAUCAGGUAAUCCACUUUCCUUUUGUCAUGGUUUUUCUAAGACAAACAUUAAAAAACCCUCUCCAGACAUAGACUUUUAAAGAUGCCUAAAUCCAGAUUACAGGAGCUCUAAAUACGACUACAUGCCACGUAAUUUGUCCACAGGGGUUAUCAAAAUUUAUCCACAUUAAAGAUCCUGAUAGGUGCUUUAAAAGCUCCUUCAAUGUAAUCCAGUGUGAAUCCAUCCUUCUUCUGGGAUCAGGAUAAUCCUGUUUUGCUCAUCAACGUUACCCUAAUCUGUUUAAGAGCGUUAAAACACAAAUUGGAGGUUUUAUCAGGUCAUAAAUCAAGAUUGGAUUUCCUAAGCUCCUGAUUUUUAAUUUCCUUUCUACUUUGGAGUCUUUUUUGGGAUUUAAUUCAAUCCAAUAGUUUUAAUGUAACAUAUUAGCUUUAAACAAUUGUCCCUGAGCAUCACAGUAAGAAAGUUAACCUAAUCAUGCUUAGAGAAAGGCCCACAGUGUGGGGGGUGAAGCUGAGCGACAGUAAGAAGUCACAGGCUGGUAAUAUUUGGUGACUGCAGAGGAACUCUGCGUGGGCACAAGCCAGGGUCACUGUUAAACCCUGAUACUGGGACAGUCUUAUAAACCCUGGAACCAUAAAAAAGCACUCAACAGAUCCAAAGUGAUACAAGUUAUUUACUUCAAAUACUCUUCUUAAAGGGAUAUUCCGGUGUAAAUUUAAGCAACACACUGUAACACCGAGUUAGACACCCCCUCGAGAGAUGAAUGUUCCUGACUGCUAGUAAUGAACGCAAAAAGGAAUACAAAGUAGUCUAUGGGGCCACAUACAAACCCCAACCAAAAACGCCACUCAAUAGCCACAAAUAAUGUUUAGAACAGCACCUAACUUCAUCAACAGUACAUGUGGGGUCCCAGCAAUAGUACUAGCUAUCAAACAUCUUGUUUGUGGGGGAGCCCUGACGAGUCGAUCCCCGAGUGCAGCGGAUCAUUUAUGAUCAUUACUUCAUGGAAAUGCAAUCAGACCGAGACGCCACGGCAGAAGAAAUACCGCGUCUGCAGUGCACAUACAAGAUACACAAGAACUCUGAUUGCAUUUCCAUGAAGUAAUGAUCAUAAAUGUUCUUCCUUGAGCUGCGAAACUCUGCUGCACUCGGUGAUUGACUCCUCGGAGCUCCCCCACAAACAAGCAGCGGCUGGAGGAGAGUGGGUGAGUUGUGUGUAGUCUCUUUGCUAAAGAAAAGUGUUUGAUGGCUAGUACUAUGUCUGGGAGCCUAUAUGUACUGUUGAUGAAGUUAGGUGCUGUUCUGAGCAUUAUUUGGCUAUAGAGUGGCGUUUUUGGUUGAGGUUUGCGCGUGGAGAUGUAGACCGCUGUGUAUUGCUAUCGUGCGGUCGUUGCUGAAGUUGGUAUAACUAGAGAAGUAAGCAGUCGGCAACAUUCAUCUCUCGAGGGGUUGUCUAACUCGGUGUUAUGUUGUUUUUGACCCUAACUUAAUUUUACACCGGAAUAUCUUUUGAAAUUGAAAUCAAGAAACCAAAUGCCUGCACUUGUUUUUCUACAGGCAUGAAUCUACACACAAACACCACUCUGACAGAGCUGAAAGCUGCUACUCCUAAUUCUACUGACAUGAAGGAAAAACAAAGUUUUCCUGCUAAAUAAAAGUUAAAGCCGGACAAACCAAUGAGUAAAAACCAUAAGAACCCAGAGUGUAACCGAUUAAUACUUUAUUUUUGUUAAAUUAAAGCACUCAUGUUAAUUACAUUACUGCUGCAAAGGGGUAAAGUUUGUAAAAGCAGGUGUUCACACAGCCAGAUGGACCAGUGUGUGAAAUAAAAACUCGCACCAACAGAGGGGAAGACUUAAGGAGGUGAAUUUAGACUAAAUAUCUGUUGUGUCUUUUGUUCGUGAGUGAAAUAAACGAACUUAGUUAAGGUUAAGUUCAAAUCUGAGCCCCUUGUGUUUGACUGCUGUCUUUGUCUUUGAAGCAGUGGUAGAAUGAAGUCUGCAGCUCUAGGUGGUCUUUGUUUUAUAGCUGCCUUGACGUUUGCUUGUUAUGCAACAGACAGGCUUCAUUGUGUGGGCAAAAGCCUGAACUUACACUGAUAUGGAUGAAAAUAAAGGUAAAUGUUCACCAGAUUGUCGGAGCCAACUUGUGCUGAAAGUGCACACAAACAGUAUGCUUCUAUUUUAAGAUUUUCACACAGCAGAGCAAACACAGUUCAGUUUCAGCAAACAUGAAGCUCUCUUUUUUUGGCCUUGCUGACACUCAGGGAUGCAGAUUAGACAAAUCCCCUCAGGUCACGCAGAGGUGUGAAUGAAGAGUCUCUUCAGUCUAACCACCUCCCUGCAACAGUGUUUUACUCAUAAUAAAUUUACAUAUGAUUUCCUAUCAAACACAGUUACCACAAUAACGUCAAUAAAGGGACGAUCGGUCAAUGUAGUGGACACUGUCUGGACCGUUUUUCCUGUUCUGAUCUCAGCCGCUUUUCACAGCUGCUUGUCCAGAGGCUCCACGGUUCAAACGAAUUUUAGUAAACACAUACAACGUUGCUAGAAGAGCGACAUUUACUCAUAAUUGUAUGUUUUGAGAAUCAGCUGCUGUACAAUUAUCAUCAGUCUUUCCUGAUUGCACACACAGCUGUCCUGCAGCUGACUCGGCUCUCUCCAUGCUCUGCUUAAUAUUUUUUUCCCACAUUUACUGACAACUACAACUACAGAAGACCUGGAACACUGAGUACAAUGUUAAUAAGAAAAAAUGAAAUGGUUUAAAAAUUAUUUAAAGGUAGAUGAAACACAGAGGCAUCCACAAGUGUGCAAAUUAUCUGCUGGUCAAAAAGGAUGGAUGAAUAAUUAUCUAAGGCUUCAAGCAGAAACAGACUCACCUGUGCAGCUGCGUAUUUAAUCGUCGUACCAUUGCUAAGCUUAAAUAAAAUUAUUUAUAUUCUAAUGAUUUUAAAUUGCUUGAAAUCAAUAUUGUUGUCUGAAUACUGCACUCUGGUCUAUUGAGCCACCCUGAGGGACAGUGGGAGUUGCAUGUUUCUGGCUCACUAAUUUUGGGGGUUGCUGGCUAGAGUUUGGAAACACCCGCUAAAGGACACACUGCCCUGCUUUUUAUCUGUGUAACUAUGAAGUGAUUUCCUCUGAACACAUUUUUGAUGUUUUAACUCAUGCACAACAGCCCCUGAGGUUUGUACGGUUAGGGAUGGGAAUUGAUACGAUUUUAUCGAUAUCGAUGCCAUAAUAGAUUCUGCUUAUCAAUUCUUUAACGAUUCCCUUAUCAAUGCCUUUCUUUGAUGAAAAAAAAAAAAGUAGACUACAGGUUUUCAAUGUUAACUCAAAAUUUGAUUGAGUCUCAUAACAGAAAAAGAUGUAUGCCAAACUAUGACAAACUACUUGUACAGCAUUUACUUGGUCGGUAUUAAGUCAGAUUAGGGUGACCAUAUUCUGGAUCCCCAAGAGGACACGGCUAGGCGGGGUGGAGUCGCGUGUAAAAUUUUGAGGGUUAUUCUGGUCAGGUCGAGUGUUUUUUACGUGCUUCUAACUCAGUUAGUCCACGCUACACAAACUCAAAAAUUCCAUACAAAACUUGUCGUCUUUCUUAGUAAAAACAAAACCGUUUUCUUAAGCAGCCAGAAAACAGGAAUCGUUAACGGAAUCAGUAAAAUGAAAUGUAAACGUGUCGAUGGGUUGAACCAUUUGAAACCGGCUCUCAACAAGAACAGAUUCUCGAUUCCCAUUCCUAUGUAUGGAAAAUUAAAACUCAGCAGCCCAAACUGAUUCACAGUUGAAGUCUUUGUGACAAGCUUGAUCUUCCUCUUCUCUCUUCAGGACGAUGAACACAUUGUGCUGGAGCCAGGAGAUUUAUUCCCCCCUUUCUCACCUCCUCCUUCCCCUCGAGCCAAUGACAAGAGGGGACCCCAGAGCCCCCAGCAACACCGACUCUUCAGAGUGGUCCGGACCCCGGUACUGGACACAGUCAGGUGGGCUUGUAACUGAUGGUCUUGUUUGCUUUUGUAGGUCCUGAUAUAAAGGGGCCUGAUUGUUGAUAUUAGUCUGUUUUAAUAGCCAGAUAAAAACCUCCUCUAAGGAGCUUGAAGGCAUUCAACAGCAACACCUCACUUUGACGGCUCUGUAAGAGGAAUAGAGGAUCCUUUAAUUGAGUUAAGGGAUCAUGCUUUGUCUUAUUUUUCUCAACAGAAACGGUCUGGAGUUGGCGUUGUCUCGACCAAUCACAGUGCUGGAUAAUGAGAGGUUUACAGUGCAGUCAGUUAUCACCAAACUCGUCUGCCCCAUUGUGCUGGUGAGCAGUCAAACCAGUUACAAAGAGAUGUCACUGCUGCUUUCUGUGUCUGACUGGUAUCUUUAUAACGUCUCUCUUCAGGUGGCGUUCCUGCUGGUGAACACUGUUCGCUAUUUCUGUGACGCUCCCAGCCUCACGCCCGCCUGUUUUAAUUUCUUACAACUUCAGGUACAGUCAUUCAGCACUAAAAUAAAUGUAUGGUGACUUUUCUGAAUGAGAAUAAUGUACAUAAAUACAAUCAGUUACAAGCAAGUCAUUUUGUAAAUCUGUCCUUUCAGCUGAUGGGUGUUCUGCCCAUCUUGCCCCUGCUCUUCCCCGUCAUGUGGGUGCUGCUGAACGCCUACGGAGAGGCCAGAGUCCUUGCUGAGUUCAGCCGAGCAUCACCAGCUGGUCUGGUGAGACAAACACUCACAUAUGCUCACAUAUGAAUGCAGAUCUAACUAUUUGAUGAGCACUGACAGACCGCUGUAGCUACUGUGAUGAAGGACUUGUGUUCUGUUUGUUCACUAACAUCUACAAACACGCACAGUUUGGGGUUAGACUGAUAUCCUGGUUUGACUCUCCUUUUAAAUACAGACAGCCGAGCACUCCUGCCUGACAUGCGUUUAAAAAACAGUGAGAUCAAUACGAGUGUAAUGAUUUAAUGCAAAUAAUUAAUUUAAAAAUAGACAAUAGGUGGAAAAUUUAAGCUAAUGACACAAUAGAAAUAAUAUUUUUUCUGAUGAUGACACUGGUAAAGAUGUUUAAACUGUGGUGAGUGAUGAGGAUCCUCUUGGUGCAUCUCAACAAAUUAGAAUAACAUAGAAAAUUUAAAAAAGAUCAGUUAUUGAAGAAAGUAAACAUUUAAAUAUUGUUGAGUCAUAACACUCACAUUAAAAUAAAUAUAUACUGUCUAAACUCUUAUUGUAGUCUGGUUCAAUCAGUUCAGUACAAUCUUUUCCAAGCUGGAUUUAGCACCUGCCCACAGCGCUAAAACUCCUAAUGGUUUGUAGACCAUAAUAUUAUUGUGCUACAGACUGAUAGCUUUUAUGUCGCAGCAGAUUGAUGCAGACUUUUGCUUUAAAUGGUUUUUCUAAUUCAAAUACUUUUUUUAAUUGAUCUUUGAAAAUAUUCAAAUAAAUGAAGAUGAUUUAUUUCUGACUUUUUAAAGUUAUAAACCAAAACCAUCAUAAGUUAAACAGAACAGAUUUAAAAUUCCACUUAAAAUGCAUUAAAAUAUAGGAUAUUUAAAUUCAUAUCAGGGAAAAAAAAGAAACUUUUUUCCCAAACUUCGAAUUUCUCGACAUGCACCUGUAUCACUCCAAUCCAAGUAGGAAUUUCUUGGUCAAAAUUAAGUUAAAGUACAGGAAUACUAGCUUUUAAAUAUACAAAAGUAUUUGAAGUACUUUUUAGGAAAAAGUCUAAAGCACGACAAGAAUACAGGGGUGUACAUUCUGGUACUUUAUGUCUAUUCUGAGAACAUUAUUUACAUUUUUAAACUCGCAUAAUGCAGAUUUUCAGCUCCAAGAUUAAGUGAAACAUGUACGUUCAGAGGUCAAAAAAUUGACUAUAUAGGGCUGGGCGAUAAACCAAAAAUGUACCAAUACCAAAAUUUACAACAAUAACCGACGCCAUUUUGCCCAUGUCAGUAUAAAAAAAAUAAAUAAAAGUUGUUUUUGGAUGUGUUUAAGAUGGCUGGAGCUGCGGCUGAAGUAGACAAAGUUAAUGUGGGAGGGGGUGAGCAGCUUGUGGAGGAGUUAUUGUCCAUUUAUUUCUAUAGAGCUGAACUGCUCAAUAUAUUGUGAUCUUGAUUUGACGCCUUAUCGCCCAGCUCUAAGACUACAUAGAUUAAAAAGAAGAGUUUCAGUUCUUGCUGCUUUGGACACAGUUUUAGUUAUUUCAUGGCCCUUUAAUUCAGAAGCCGUAAUAAAAGUCUAAAAAACUGAUAUCAGCCUAACCCCAACAGACAGACUCAGGACUACACAGACACACACUCACAGAGGAGACACAGCCAGGUCCUCCCUCUGUGUUUUAACUAGACUCUUCUCUUGCCCCAGCUUGCUAAGUUCUCUGAGGACACUCUAAGCAGCUACACCGAAGUGGUUUCCUCCCAGGUAUAACCUCUCGCUGUCUCGCUCUCCUCCCCUCUUCCUUCUCUCCCCCCCUUCCCCUCGCUUGGCUCCUAAAUCCACCUGAACCCGUCUGUCUUCACUCGCUAGCUGUCCUCGCCCUCCUCUGCAACUCCCUCUCUGGAACCCCUCGUGCACAGCUACUGCCACCCUCCCAUCGCCACCCUCAAAUCUCCGACACAUCUUUAAAUUUUCUCCAUCUUCACCAUGGAAAUCUUAAUGGACAUCCAAAUCUGAUUCUCCACAUCUUCACCUCUUUUUUUAAGAUCAUUUUUUGCAAUCAUUUGAACACUUUUUACUCCUUUUCUUUAUAUAUCAUCUUGCACAACAUGUUUAUUUUCUCUCCUUUGAUUUUUUUUUCUUUUUGCCACCUUUCAUUUGUGGAUUUUCAGUCCACGUCUUGACCGACCACCUCUGGAUUUAAGUUUCUGCUUUGAUGCAUCCAGUCGUCUUUGAUUUGUAAUCUGGACAGCCAAUCAUGUCUCUCUUUAAGAUCACUUUCUCUCAUCACAGAUACAAGUUCUCAGUUCUCAUAGUUGUCAUAAGUUCUCAUAAUCUCCCUUAGUUCCUGACCAAACCCAAUCAUUGUUCCUCAUUGAUGUCAGGCUGAGGCACUCUAAAAGGGAAACUGAAAACAGUGCUCCCAUUUGUCUUCCUGAAACCAUCAGUGUUUUGUCUCUGGCUUUGAUACACAUCAAAUGUUAAAUAGAGGGAACACUUGAUCCUGAGAGGGACUUUCACUUGAACCUGUGCCUGACCUUCUACUUCUGCUUGUCUGCCUGCUCUGCAUGACUGGAAAUUAGCCCCAAUAUAUUCAUUUUCUUAGGUUUUCUCUCCUUGUUCUUCUCUCCUUUUGUUUAUAUAUUUUUUUAAAUUAAACAAUUAUUUUGACCUGAUCCAAACCUGGAUUUGCACACUAAUUUGAAAUCGGCUGUUUGUAGAUGCCAAACUCUUGGGCGCUCGUGAUCUGCACAAAAUUUGAUCUUUUAAAAAACUAGAAUUAGUUUGUGCAUCACUUGUGUCCAUGAUGCAUCUAACUGGUGCGUGUUGAUACUCCACGUAUUAAAGUAACGUUUGUCUUUGCCAUCUGAAUGAUUUGUUUGCCUUAGUUAUUUGAAGUUCCAUUUCAUGGAUGUUUACAUACUGUAGAUUGAUUAAGCUCAGUGUAUGUACAUCAUAUUGUUUUAUAAAAGGGGCUUUACCUGUCCUUUCAACAGAUGAAAUGUUAUUUUUGCUGUAAUACCUGGGAUGAGUAAUUUUUUUUUCGUUUAAAUUUGAAUUCUAACUAUACAACCAAGGUCAGGAAACACUCUAAAUGGUCAAACUUGAGUACAUUUUGCUUCACAUGGCCUAAAAUAAGACUGCAGAGUCAGCAGGUUACAAUGUCCAUGUGGUUUGCAGAGUGUGGCUAACACUUGCAGAGGCCUGCACCGGUUACACAGUAAUCCAGCUGAGCAAUAUGUCAGUUUAAACUAGACUCAGCCUACCGUCAACUUAAUGUCGAUUAAUCGGAAUACUGACAAAUCACACUAUGCAACAAGAAACCAUCUAUCAUCUGAGCUUGUUUUAGCAUCAUAACAUUAUGACAGUCGCCAUUACAUCACUGGCUAGUGCGCUACAGCUCCGACUCAACAUGGGACUGUCAGGCCCAGAGUAAUAAAUAUAUGAAUAACUGGUUUAACAGACUAACACUUCUCCCAAUUAGCCAUGAUAACAUUUUUUAACUGUUUAGACUACAGCGCACACAUCACUAAUACAGUUACUUUUCUACUAAACUCAUGUAUUAAAACUUGAUUCCCUGAAAUUUGAAACAUUGUUUAGUUUAAGUUUUUAGGUGAGUAUGAAAUAAACUCACACAGAUCCUUAACAAGUCUAAAAUGAAAAUCUGACAUUAGAUUUUUGGAAAUUUCAGGUCACAAAAAUAUGUGAAGUCGUAUUUUACAAGUGAGAAGUCUUAAAUUUGAGAUGGGACAAGUCAGAGAUAUGUCUGAGUACUCUAUCAGAUCGAAACAGUUAAGAUAUUAUUGCAUUUAUGGCGACUUCUUUAAAAUCACUCACAUUAGACAGAGGGAGAAAAAACAGACAUGCAAGUUCAAAGAAAUUUGGUUUUAAUUGAAAAAAACGGGAAAUAAAUCAGGAAAAUUUGAGCUCCUCACUUGCUUGUCUUGUUUUAACGUGGACAAAUGUCUGUUAAAGAAAGCAGUAUGAGAUUUUUUCAUAUCUAUAAACUUAUCUGUAAAAUAAAUUAAAGGCAUGAAUUCGUCUGAAUAGAUUUAGACCAUAAACAAACAUAAUAAACACACUGACAGAAUUAUUGGUAAUACGUCCUCCAUGGUAUCAUGAUAGAAAGAAUGACCAGUCAAAUCUUCUAGGAGCUUCAGUACUCAUCAAUGUGCAUUAAAAGGAACAAACAUGGGGGCCGCUCACAAAUCACUGCAGCCUGCUCUUUGCUUCGCCUCCUUGCAUGUAGUGUAGAAGCUUAGUCCUUUUCUCUCUCUCUCUCUCUCUCUUUGUAAUCCAAUCAGAAAGAUGAUGGUGAUUUCCUGCUUAAAUAGCUGGUUUCAGCCUUAAAACGCAUAAUUUUAAAUCCAGUUUUCCCAAUUUAAAUGACUUUACUCUUAAAAUGAUCCUGUAAAAGCUUAAUUUAUCUCUUUACAUUACUUUUUGAUUUCAAUUCAGAACUUUUUGCCGUUGCACAUGGUAAAAAGCAGCAUAUGUGUGUGUGUGUGUGUGCAGGAGAUGCUGCGCUGUGUGUGGAGACACCUGGUAGGCGUCCUGAAGGGAGAGUCUCAGACACUCUGUUAUACUUCCAGCCUUUUACACACUCUGGGAUCUGUUACUGUGAGUAUGACAAGAGGCAAAAGGGAGAUUUGUGGUCGAAACUCAAUAUUGAUGGUGCACAUGUAUUAUAUUAGGGCUGGGCGAUAAACUGAAAAUUUACAAUACCGAAAUUACGAUAUUAUGUGAUAGAAGCAUGUAAAGAGUACGAUCACUGAAGGGUGUUUCUGAUAAUGCUGAUAAUCAGAGCGAAACCUAUGGAUGUAAACCUCAGGGAUCCAUGUAUUUUAAAGCAGUUUCAAGCCUUUGUGUGUGUGUGUGUGUGUGUGUGUGUGUGUGUGUGUGUGUGUGUGUGUGUGUGUGUGUGUGUGUGUGUGUGUGUGUGUGUGUGUGUGUAGGUGCUGUGUUGUGUGGACAAGCAGGGGAUCUUGUCGUGGCCUAACCCCAGCCCAGAGACUGUGCUGUUCUUCAGCGGACGAGUAGAACCACCUCACAACAGCCAGGACGAUCUCAGAGACGACCUGUCCGUCAACUCCUACUGCAGGAUGGAGACAGAUGAAGACAGGGACGAGGUAUGUGUUUUGCAUUUUUCCACUCCAGUGUAAAUAUGGUCUUUUUUACUUGACUUGUUCUCAUGGACUUCAGGACUAAAUCUUUUUGAAAAUGAAUGGACUGCUUUGUCCCUUUUUUAGGCUCAGGAGGGGGAGGCCCUGCUCUGUCUACCUGCAGAGCCCUCCAACCAGCUGGGGGAGGGGCCAGAGCCAGGUGAAUCGCCACAUGACAUCACCCGCUCCUCUGACAAUCUGCGUCAUGUGCGCUCCUGCCAGCCUACGCACACUCGCACCAAACACCACUCUGGAUCCAACGUGAGCUUCAGCCGGGACACCGAGGGGGGCGAGGACGACCCUGCCCAGGUAGAAACAGCAACUCAAACUUGUCAAGUAUAGAAACAGUUUUGAAAGUUUUACUUGACUUCUUUUCUGUCCCUUCCUCUCCAGGACUUUGGUCUGACCUGCCCUGAGGCAGAAGCAGAGGACUUUGUGUGUGAUUACCACCUCGAAAUGCUGAGUUUGUCUCAGGACCAGCAGAACCCAGCCAGCAUCCAGUUUGAUGACCUCUCCUGGCAGUGUCAUCUCCCCUCUCUGAAGCCUCUGGGCCUCAACAUCAUGCUGAACCUCUGCAACGCGAGUGUCACCCAGCAGCUCUGCCGCUUCUCUGACCACCUGUCCAACCUGGCUCUGCAGGAGAGCCAUGGCACCGUACUGCCUGUUUACGUCCCCUGGGGUCUCUGUGAGCUCUCCAGGCUCAUAGGUAAGGAGGCAGGGUUUUUUGUAUUGCCCUCUUUUAAGUUUCUUAUUACUCCAGGUGGUUUUGGGUAAUGUAUUUGUACUCAAGGCUGAUACUCUUUACUCUUGGUUUGGGCUUUGUUAAAUAGUACCCAGCAGACAGAUUUCCUGUAAUCAGUCAGUUUGUAACUUUAACUCAGCAGUUUCCUUGGAUGAAGAACCAUUUGCAUUAAUUAUGCAUACCACCGAACUCACAGUGGAGUCUUAAAAAUGUUUGUGCGCUGUAAGUUUGGCACAUACCUAAAGUUCUGAUCAGUCUAUUUCCUUAGUACAGUUAGAAUCUAGUUUAUUCGUCUUUAUGAUGUGAACUGAUGUCACUUUUUGGCCUGUUUGCUUGUGCCUUUGUAUGCUUGUGAUCACUACAGCCUCACGUUUGUCAUGCUUUUAAUCUGUCCCUUUGCUGUUCACACACACCUGCCCUCUCCCUGUUCUCCUCUUCCUGCCCUUCUCACUCCUCCUGCUGCUCCUUUCCUUGAUCGUCUCUCCCCUGCUUCUGCUUCUCUCCCUGCUCUCCUCUCUCCUCCUCCUGUUGUUCUCCCUGCUCUCCACUCUCUACUCUCCUGCUCAUCCUGCUCUCCUCUCGCCUCCCCCUGCUCCUUCUCCUGCUCUCUUCUCCUUCUGCUCAUCUCCUUGCUCUCCUCUUCCUCUCCCUGAUCUCCUCUCCUCUUCUGCUCCUCUCCCUGCUUUCCUCUCUCCUCCUGUUGCUCUCCCUGCUUUCUUCUCUCUCCCAUUGCUUCUCUCCCUGCUCUCCUCUCCCUGCUCUCUUCUCGCCUCCCCCUGCUCCUUUUCCUGCUCUCUUCUCCUUCUGCUCCUCUCCUUGCUCUCCUCUUCCUCUCCCUGAUCUCCUCUCCUCUUCUGCUCCUCUCCCUGCUUUCCUCUCUCCUUCUGUUGCUCUCCCUGCUUUCUUCUCUCUCCCAUUGCUUCUCUCCUUGCUCUCCUCCUCCUGUUGCUCCUCUCCCUGCUCUCUUCUCGCCUCCCCCUGCUCCUCUCCCUUUUCUCUCUUCUCCUUCUGCUCCUCUCCCUGCUCUCCUCUUCAUCCUCCUGUUCCUCUCCCUGAUCUCCUCUCCUCUUCCCCCUGCUCCUCUCCCUGCUCUCCUCCUGCCACCCUCCCCUCUUUCCCCCUGCUCCUCUCCCUGCUCUCCUCUCUCCUCCCCCUGUUGCUCUCCCUGCUUUCUUCUCUCUUCCACUACUUCUCUCCUCUCUCUUCCUCCUGUCGCUCUUCCUGAUCUCCCCUCUCUGCUCUUGUUUCUCCCCCUACUGCUCCUCUCCCUGCUCUCUUCCUCCUGAUCCUCUCCCCCUUCUCCCUGCUCUCUCCUUCUCCUGCUUCACUCUCUGCUCUCCUCUCUUCACUUGUGUCUCCCUGAUAGUUUCUUCUGCUGUAGCAUGACAUGUUGAGGAUUCAGCUGUUCAUAAUGAAAUUUAAUGCUUUCUUAACUUCGCUGAUCGAUCUGAACUUGUGAUGAAGUGAAAGUGAGAGCUCUUUUAGGGAAGGAUUAUUAAGGCUGACACAGCAGAUAACCCAGCAAAAUUUGCUAAUAUUUAUAUAAUUUUAUGAUCCUGGGAAGCCGUGACUAUAUUGAAAUUUUAAAGAUUACCCAGCUUGUAGAAGAACGUAUUUAAUGAGGAUGAACAGUUAAAAAAGGUCAUGAAUAUCAACUAAACUUAAUUUUUUUGUGUGCAGAGAAAGUUUUCAUACAUUGCUUCAUCAGAUGACGUAGCUUGUUUAUGUAAAUGAGAGUUAAACUUCAUUUUGUAAUCCGUGUGUGUGUCAGGGUUCACUCCCGGAGCGAGGGAGCUGUUCAAACAGGAAAACCACCUGGCUCUUUAUCAGCUGCCGUCUGGAGAGAAAACCAAGGAGUUCGCUUCACGCCGCCUUCAUUACUUCAUCAAACGCCAGCCUCCAAUCUCCCACCUCAUCUCCCUGUUUGUACGAGACUCCUCUUCCAGUAAGUCAACACGCUUGAACUGGUCUAUAUUGGAUUGUGUGCUGGCAGCAUUAUGGUGUGUUUACUGUGUGUCUCUAUUGUAUUUUCCAAGUCGAUGCAGACGUUUGAAAGACAGUCCGUUUUGUGUUUUGAUGCUGAUUUCACUCUCUUUCUCACAGAUAACGUCCAGAUGCUGUCUCAUGGCUCAGCUGACCUCAUCCUGGAGGCCUGCACGGAUUUCUGGGACGGAACUGAUAUUUAUCCCCUCUCAGGCUCAGACAGGUGUGAUAUCCAUCGCACUGAUAACUUUCCUCUUGCAAUUUCAUCCAAAUUUCUUGCAGUUUUUCCAGUUUUAAUCUUUAUUUACCUCCUCUUGUUACAGAAAGAAGGUUCUGGAUUUCUACCAGCGUGCCUGUCUGUCUGGUUACUGCUCAGCCUUCGCCUACAAACCCAUGCAGGUAUCGCUGUCUAACCAGCUGAAUGGGAAGUGUGUGGAGCUGGCUCCUGGUCCCUGCCUCUUCUCUGGAGUGGAGCUGCCCUCUACAACCCCCAUCAAACACAACUCCUGCAGAAACAGCUGGAGCUCAGACGGUACAAGUUUGCCACACAGGGAUUUAUAUUUUGAAGGUUUACUCUGGUACUUUUAGACUAAAUUCCUCUGACUGUAGAAUCUAUUUUAUCAGAUAUGAAGAGAUCAUUUCAAACACCAAAAUUGUACAAUAGCAGAAACAACCAAACCAAGAAAGGCAGCGCACUCCAGCAUCUUUUGUGUUCUGCAGGUUAAAUGACAGAUUUUCAAAUGAAGUGUAGACAUACUGUUCCUGGGUGAAAGCAGGGAUCCAACAUUGAAUUAAAAUGGCACCAGGGGAUUUUUAGUGUGAAUUUGAUGUUGGACUCGUCGAAUUAAAUAAAAAUGUGACUGGCAUUCACAAAAUCUCUGAUCAGACAUAAGAAGAAAAAAUGUAAAACAGGCUACGUCUUGGUUUGGAAUUCUUCUAUAGGUAAAAAUUAUUAUAAUGUUUAACAUUUCUUUUCUUUUUUUGGGAUAUCUUUUCUUCUUCUAUCUCCAGAGGGUAUCGGUGAGGGUGUGGAGCGUGAGGACUGCGUCCAGGCCCUCAGCGGGCAGAUCUUCAUGGGCAUGGUCUCAUCUCAAUUCCAGGCGAGGUUGGACACGGUCCGGCUCAUCGAUGCCCUCGUCACCGCUUGUAUCCGCUUUGUUUACUUUUCCAUGGAGGACGAACUCCGCAGCAAGGUGAACACACACACACACACACACACACACACACACACACACACACACACACACACACACACACACACACACACACACACACACACACACACACACACACACACAAGCUCAAAUCAGUGUUUCAUAGUAAUCCUGCUUUGACUCAGAGAUUGACCCUGGCUUUACUGGACUCUGUUUGCUUCAUCUGCAGAUAGUACCCCACUAGUUCUUAGCUGAAGACAAAUCAGUUCUUUUUAAAACAUUCAUGCUUUGUGAACUUUCCCAACAAAAGUAUUAUGAAUGAACUUAAGGAAACUUGUCAUGCACAAGUUUGUGCCAAUAUUGGAUCAAUAUCGCUAUCGGCCGGUACUUAAGGCAACAAUAUCGGUAUCAUAUCGGCAGUAAAAAGGUCGUUUCAGGACACCCCUUGUUUCUUCUGAGGUCUGUUACUGUUAUAGUGGUUAUUUUGGUGACAGUAGGGAUCCACAAACCACAGACUAUCACUAACGGUGUUACUGUACAUCACAAACAUAACUAAGAGUGUCAUGACUGUGUGUAUGUGUGUGUAUGUGCAGGUUUUCGCAGAGAAGAUGGGUUUAGAGACAGGCUGGAACUGUCACAUCUCUUUGACGCCAAACGGAGACAGUCCCUGUGAUGGAGCGCCGUCCAGUCCCAGUCAGGGCUCCUUGCAUGAAGACCUGAACCAAGGUGCUACACCCGCGCUUCUACAAACUCUACUUGAUAUUUACUGUGUAUCAUCGACAUUUUAGUUGUAUAAAAUGUGUUAGAGUCCAGAUGUAAAUAUUUUUUAGUUAAAAUCUUUUCUUGUAAGAUUUGACUUGAAUUUGUAUUUGGUUUUGCUGAAACAAAUUUGAAAACGAAAAAUAAAUAAAUAAAUCAAAGUUAGAAAUAAACUAGCUGAGCAAUUUGGCAUGCUCUUCAUGUCUGCUGCAGGCUAACAUUUCCAGGUUGUAUUAACUGCUUUUAGUGAAACAUAUCUACGUCUGAGAUCCAGGUGUGAGACAUUGGGUUUAGUAGGUGACAGGUUUACAUUCAGGAAAGAAGAGAGUGUGACAAUCCCUGCUUUCUGCUUUUAAUCUGUCAUAACUAUCUGAGGUUUUUUGCUCAUUAAACAUGAACACAGACAGCAUUUUACAUUUUUAGUACUGCUCUUGUGGUUCACAGAGUGGCUGGAGAGAAACUUUUUGUGGUCAACAGCCAACAGACUAUAAAAAAAGUUAAACUUGAAGAUCACUGUGUGCAUUUGUAGUGUGAAAGAUGAAGAAAUAUUGACACUAGUGUAUUCUGGAGAUGCCUCCUUGAAAACAUGAUAACAGCUGUGAGUUUCUCAUCAUAUCUGCUGUGAUUUAAACUUUCCCUCCAUGUCUGUUUGGUUUCUAUGGUUUCUGAAAUCAGUCUGUAACAGCUGGUUCUGAAAUGUACGACUGCUGACCUCCAAAAGCUCUCUUCACAGAUUCUCGGGAUGAAGCGGAGGGUCCUCUGCUGCCAGAAGAGGAAGCUCACUCUGACAUGGCCAGUUUCCAGCCCACAGACAGCGAUGUGCCCAGCUUUCUGGAGGAUUGCAACAGGGUAACAGAUAAAAACAGCCAAACCAACACUCUGUUCUCUGCAUUUGAGGAAUAAUCCGUGUCUACAGAUGUCCAAACUUUUUAAAACAAUGCUUUUUUUCUGCUUAUCUUCAGGCCAAACUACCUCGUGGUAUCCACCAGGUUCGUCCUCAUUUGAAGAACAUUGAUAAUGUGCCUCUUUUGGUGCCACUCUUCACUGACUGCACCCCCGAUAGUGAGUCUAGAUAAUUAGUUAGUUAAGAUAGUAAACUAAGUAAAGAAAUAAUGAUCAAAGUUUAAAAGUUCAUCAUGUGUUUGCUUCAAAGUAAAUACUGACAUCUACUCUGUGUUUCCUCUUCACAGCCAUGUGUGAGAUGAUGAAGAUCAUGCAGGAGAACAGGGAGGUCACAUGCUGUCUGGGAAGCUCAGCCAAUUUCCGCAACAGCCGCCUGUUUCUACAGAGUGACGUCAGGUAAAAAUACAUUUCAAAAAUGCAUCCAUAGGGGGCCCGCAGAUGGCCAAGUGGGUCAGCGUGCCCCAUACAUGGGGACCACGAGUCCUGCCCCGACCAUGUGCUGCAUGUCCUCCCCCCUCUCUCUCUGUCUCCCCACAUUUUACCUUGUCCUAUCAAUAAAAGGUUAAAAUCGCCCAAGAAAUACUUUUAAAAAAAAAAGACAAAAAAAAAAAAGUGCAUCCUUAAACUUGUUUUGCUUUUAAGUAAUUUCUUUGUGAUCAAAGACAUGUGUUUGCUUUACGUUUUCGCUCCCAAACAGCUUAGCUCCUAAAUACUAACUAUUAGAAAUGUGGAGACACAUAGAAGCAGCACAGGUGAAGAAAAUGUGAAACUUUUCAUGCUAUUGUUUUUGUUUUUUGAUGUGCACACAUUGUGUAGUUAUAUGGAAUAUCAGGAGGUGAAUGGCAAACACAGACGACCUUGCAGUAAUGGGAGAAAUGGAUAAAGACAAAGAUGUUCAAAUGGCAAAUUCAGCUUCUAGGUUGUUCUCUCAACAAGAUCAGUCAUUUUCAGUUAGUGUCAAUAUGAACUGAGUCACCACCAGAGUAUACCGAGUCUCAAAUACCAGUUUGUGUCCGAACACACAGCUGACGCAGAGAAUUGUCAGGCAUCUCUGUGUCAGACUACUCAGCUUUCAUUUCCCCCCUUGUGAGGUUAGAUAGAAUUACACUGUGUGAGAUUAUUGGAUUGUGAAAGAUCGAUACAAGUGAUGGAAACUAAUCAACAGGUUUGUAUGUUGUGAUGCAUGAGGUCAGUCCUUUAGUGUUGAGCUGCUGAAGAAAACAGGAGUUAUUUAGUCAGCCUUAAUAAAGGUAGACUCUGUACUGUGUUGGUAGCAUUAAGUCAUGUCACAUUCAGGUCAUCUGUUGCUGAUCGGUGGGCUUGAGUUUUCCAUGUGAAGCUUCCAGUGUAAUUUUUCAGUCUGCAGCAGACGGUUAAAAAAAACUUGAUAUUAAAAAGUAUGCAAUAAAUCCACAGCCCUAAUUUAUUGUUGUAUCUAUUAAUUUGCCCAUUUGUGUUUUCUGAACCUCUUUCCCCCUCAGCAUCGCUCUGGACCCUCUGUACCCCUCUCAGUGUUCCUGGGAGACCUUCGGCUACGCCACCGGAGGAUUCAACGGUGAGGCUGAGGGUUUGACUCCUCUGAGGCUCUCCGGUCAGCUCAACAGUCUGGGCUGCUCCGUCACCUUCCACCAGGGAGAGAGCGUCAGCAUGGUCAAGCUCAUAGAGCAGGUCAGAAACACACACAAACAAACACACACACACACUACGAGUCAAAGAGAGGUUUCACAUUUCUUAAUGAGUGAAUCCGUUUCAGGCUCGACACACAACCUACGGCAUCCGCAAGUGCUUCCUUUUCCUGCUGCAGUGUCAGCUCAGUCUGGUCAUCAUCCAGGUGAGAGAGGAGACAUCACUCAUACUCAGAACAUGUAGAGGUUCAGACAGAUUUUUAAUGUGCACGUGCUUGUUGAUGAGAGUCUUAUGCUGCUGCCUGAGUAGAUAAAGGAAGUGAUGGGAUUUCUUUGUCUGCAGUUUUUAGCCUGUGUCGCUCAGCUUCCUCCUCCACUGAACACCACUGACAUCCUGUGGCUGUCCUGCUUCAGCUGCCCACUUCUAAGGUAUUCACAGUUACACACAAACACACGCAAGAGAAAGUAGAUCUCAAGCUUAAAGGAAUAAGGGUCAAACACACUGUUUAAACACCCCCUUGAAAGAUAAAUGUUGCAGACCGCUUGCUUCUCUAGUUAUACCAACUUUAGCAACGACUGCAUGAUAGCAAAACACAGCCGUCUACAUCUCCAUGUGAAAACCUCAACCAAAAAGCCACUCUAUAGCCACAAAUAAUGCUCAGAACAGCACCUAACUUCAUCAACAGUACAUAUAGGGUCCCAGCCAUAGCACUAGCCAUCAAACAUCUUUUUAACUUUGCCUAAUUUCUUUAGCAAAGAGACUAAACACAACUAACCUACUCUCUUCCAGCAGCCGCUUGUUUGUGGGGGAGCCCUAAUGAGUCAAUCACAGAGUGCAGCGGAGUUUCGCAGCUCAAGGAAGAACAUUUAUGAUUAUUACUUCAUGGAAUGAAAUAAGGCCGAGACGCUAAAGCAGAAGAACGACUGCGUCUGCAGUGCAAAAUGAUUAUUAUGAUGGUUAUUACUUCAUGGAAAUGAUCAGUUGCACUCUGUGAUCAACUCGUCAGGGCUCCCAUCACAAACAAGCAGCUGCUGAAGGAGAGUGGGGAAAGUUGUGUUUGGUCGCCGGAAUAUCCCUUUAAGUUACCUGAGACCAACUCCUGGUAGUUUGUAAUUUUUCAUAACCGGUUUUCAGAAAGCAAAUAGAUGAAGGGGUAAAACUUUAAAUUGGAAUGACUCUUCUUCAGUCUGUACUACAUCCCAAUAAAGAUGGUAAAGACACCAGUCCCUUUAUGCAAGUCAUACUGGAAAGGAACAGACAAGGAAAAGGUGUGUGUGGGCGUGUCUGUGAGAUCUUGAGUCUGUGAAGUGUGUGUUCCAGCAGUCUCAUGGAGCGUGUGUGUGUGGUCCUCUGUGAAUUUAGAGUAGGUUGUGAUUGAAAAGUUGUCUUCUGUGUAACCAGCCAAAGAAGACAGACGUCCAGCAUCCCUUCUCUCUAAACACUCGUGCAUUACUGACCUGCUUCCUGAAUAAACAAGCUCUGCUCUACAGCUCAGUCUUUGUGGCAUUCUGAGUGAACACCCUGUACUUAAGAAGUUCAAGGACACUGUAACGUUGCAUCAAUUGCUGCCUUUUUGCUGUUUUGCAUGCACAACUCUGAGUUAAGAUAAACUCAGUGCUGAAAAACAAUGCUCUGUUUGCUUAUAGAGGGAAAAAGCACAUGAAAUGACAUAACCAACUGAUUAUCAUCACUCAAAUUUGUUGGCAAAUAAUGCUAUCUAUUUUUGUGAGUAAAGUGGAGAUUAUUCAACUUUUUUUUCAGCAGUAAAAAAAAAAAGUAAACACACAGUUUUGGCUUCAUUCAGACUCUUUACUGCCAACCACCCAGUUUUAUUUGAAGUUGAGUGAAGUCAGCAUGUAAACACAGCAGGUAACAGUCUGGAGAGUUAUCAGCGGGAGAGUGGGUGUAGUGAUGACGUCAAUCAAGUUGAUAAAAGUUUUUCUGCUUUUUCCUCUUGGCUGCUCGCCUCAGUUUCUGGUCAUUACUGUUAAGUUAGUAUCGCUGCGAUCUCCAAACCCAGUGAUCAUCGCCCGUCAUUGUCAGACGACGGUGUGCAAAACAGGCCUCUGCCACGCCUUCAGUGUUUUUGGUGUAGCCGGCGGUUAAUAACUCCCAGCCAAGACUUCCUUUUCUGUAAACACCACCAUUUCCUGUUUUGUUACAUCUUAAGGGUCGUACCAUUCAAGUGUUGUAAGUCAGUUUCAGUUCAGCUAUCAGGUAUAUGACACACAGAGGGUUUACUCAGGCUCACUUCAGUGGCGUGAAUCCUGUUUUCUUGUGAUCUAUUUGUAAUUAAAGGUCUGAGUUUGCAGAUUUAUAGUAAAAUUAGGCUGUUUGAGAGAGUGGAGGGUUGAGGUUUGUCAGGUCUGUCUUUUAAGAGGAGACUUUUACAGUUUGUUGAAUGAAAGUUUGAUCCUUCAUUUCUGAUGCUUUCAAGAAAGUCAGGAAAUCUUAACACUAGGGCUGGGCGAUAAGCCGAAAACUUACCGAUACAGAAAUUUACGACAAUAACCGAUGUCAUUUUGCCCAUGUCAAUAUAUUCGGUCACAAAAAUACAUUUUAAAAAGUGUGUAGGUAGUCUAUGGUCUCAUGUUCCUUUAAGUCUGACAUCAGAGACGUGACUCCACCCCAUCGAGUCUGUAACAAAGAGGGAAAGACAGGUGAGGAGAUGGAGGAUAGUGCAACUGGAGCGGUGGCUAAAAUAGACAAAGUUAAUGUGGGAGGGUUUAAGCAGCUUGUGGAGUAGUUAUCGUCCAUUUAUCAUUAUCGAGGUGAACUGCUCAAUAUAUUGUGAUAUUGAUUUGAGGCUAUGUCGCCCAGCCCUACUUUACACCGUUGUCUUUAGUGACUUGACUUGGUUGCAGUCAAACCGUCAUGACAGUGGAUUGUGUUCAGUCUGCUUUUGCUCUCCAUACAGGCUGAUUAUCCUGCAAACACCAAAAUCUGCUGGUACCUGAUUGGUCAAACCUUCAAAUCAGAAACCUCCUCCUUCAGUUUGUCCUUAUAAAGACUCCAAACUGCCUAUAUUGAGUUGUCAGAGCCAUUCAACACUGUGGGGGAUAUGUGUGAAAGGCUCUCUGUAUUAGACAGCUGUCAACACGCCUUCACUUGGGAAUAUUACUGAGAACUGUCACCGCCUCACCUUGUAAUAAGACAGUCCUUCAUUGUAGCUCAGUGUCCUCUCAGUAGUCAGUUUGUGUCCCUAACAAACAGCCGUUCAGUCUAAUACAGUGGUUUUUAAGUCCAGUCCUCGAGGCCCACACCUGAUUCAAAUGAUCAGCUCGUUAUCAAGCUCUGUAAUGGCUUACUAACGAGCUGAUCAUUUGAAUCAGGUGUGUUGGAGCAGGGAAACAUCCAAAACAUACAGGACAGUGGACCUCGAGGACUGGACUUGAGAACCACUGGUCUUAUCAAACAGUUUGGCAGUAUCUCUGCACCCACAGCUCAGCAGCUCAGUUAAUAGUGUUAGCAGUAAAGUGAUCUGAAGCAGUGCUGUUCUUCUGUCGUGUUCUGCAGGAUGUCAAACUGAUAUCAUGUUUGUGUUGCGUUGACAGCGUUUCACUUUUGGGGAAGCCACCAGACAGUUCAGUCAUGUCAGUCGCCACAGGGAAAAACCUCGACUCCAUUCCAAGGAAGGUAGGAUCAUGAAAGUCAUGAGGUCUAAAAAUAGCACGUCUACUCUUAAUUCUCUAAUAAUUGUGACCUUUGUGUUGAACUGUAACCACUGUUAAGUUAUAUACACUGCCAUGAUGUGUGGUGAUGUGUAGCUUUAAAGUUAAAGUCUUAAAACAAAAGAGAAAAUAAUGACAUAAUAUAACAAACUGAAAGAAAGUCAACCCUCUAAUGACCCGGAAUCUGACUGUCUCAUGAUGCCGUCUCCUUCACCAGACCCAGAACUACUUCCUCGGCUGUUUCCUGUUGAAGUUCGGUCUGACGGUCUGUGCCUAUCUGUUGGCCUUCGGGUUCACUCUGCAGGAGGUCUGCCUCAGAAGCAGCAACAGCACCACUGCCACCUGCCUUCACAUCCUCACUGAGAGGUACAAUUACACUGCCUCUGUAUUUACACCAAAGAUGAGCAACAUCUGCGGGCGAUUUCUACACAACGUACACAUUUAAAUACAAACGUAUGAAGAGAUUCAAGAGUCCAAAUACUAAUUCGGAUCUUGUAUAUUUGGAUAAUUUGUUUUUGAUUUAUGGUUUUGCGCACCAAUCAGCAAUUAGUUUCCGUAGUUUCUGUUCGGAUUGGACGUAUCUUACAAAGAGGUUGUUCAAAAGAAUAAAAUGAUGAGUUAAUCAGAUUAGAUUAGGUAAUCCAAUAUUGUUUUUUAUCUGAGGAAAACCUCCAAUUUAUGUUCGUCUUUAGAGGAUUAGCAUAAUUUAAAUCCAAAGUAAUCCAGAUUUUCCCGACAGAAAGCUGGAUUACAGGAAAACUAAGUUGGUCAAACAGUGUAACAUCUAGAGAGAUCAACUCAAACGCAGUGGGAAGAUAAAUAUUUUUUGUCAGUAUAAACUUCUCCACGAAAUUUUCUGUUAAUACCAAACAUGACGUUUUUUAUUUGGGGUGAGGAGCCACUGCUUUGUGUGGAUUUUGACACCCCCUAGUGGACAUAAUAUGUAUGUUAAAAGUCCAAUUUUGCGCAUUAGCAGUCUAGAUUUGGUCAUUUUUUAAGUGCGAAACAGAAUCAUGUUGAUCCAAUUCAGUAUUUAUCAAAAACAAUGGACAAAAGUUGGAUCAAAUACCUGAUUCUUCAUGACAGAAAAUGAAAGUGGAGGUCAGAAGACAGAUUUGAUCAGUUUGAUUUGUUUGAUGUCCGCAGCUCUUCAGACAGCGCUCCCCGGUGGUUCGAUGAGCUGUCAAACGGCCUGCUGCUCACACAGAAGGUGAUGGCAGCGUUCCUCGCCUUACACACAGGUAGGACAUCGCUCUGACAGGAACAGCAUACGUGAUCAAACUCACUCGUGUGUUUCUGGAUCAUUCAGUUUGAUCUCUUUCUUUUCUCAGUGGUGAUCUCCCUCAGCUACGUGCAUCGCUCCCAGCCUCUGUGGAGAAAGAGUCCCUUCAGCAACACCUGGUGGUGUCUCACCGUACCUGUGGUGUAAGUCAUCAACCCUGUCUCUGAGCCGCUUUAAGCCAAAUAUCAAAUGAAGUCGCCCACUCUUUUGAGCUCUUUCUGUAACUUUAUGCUGCUUCUUUUUUUCCAGUCUGCUCGCUCAGGUUGUUCAGGCCACGGUGGAUUACCAGCUGUGGCGCAACACCAACAGCUUCUUCAUCUUUAACCUAAGGGACAUACCCCUGCUGGCCUGGCUGCUGGUCUCCCUGUCCCCUCUGCUGGUGGUGGUGAUCAAUGAAGUGGUGAAGCUACAUGAAAUACGGUAUGAAACCAGACACACGAGGAAGUUUCAGAGAAAGGGAGGGCGGCUCUCCAUCAAAAUACAGAAAUGUGACACUUCUGAAAAGUUUAUUGUGCUUUUAUGCACUCAGUACUUGGUUUUGGCCCUUUUAUCAUGAAUUACUUUGUUGUGGUCUGACAUAGAGACAAGGAAGCCCAGGUUGUCUAAUUUAGGUGUUUCUCAUCUUCUUGACAAAUAACUCACAGCUCUCUUCUUGGUUCAGGUGAGUGUCCUGUCCAAUCUGGCGUGUAAUACCAUGGUCAGUAAACCAUUAGGUAGUAGAUUUGGUGCUGUGGGCAGGUGCCAAGUUGUGCUGUAAGAGGAAAUCUGUCUCUCCUUAAAGCUUGUCAGCAGCAUGAAGGUCUCUAAAAUCUCAUGGUGGGCUCUAGGCUGCGUUGCCUCUGGAUUUGAUAAAACACAGCAGACCAACAGCAGCAGAUAACAUGGCACCUCAAAUUGGCAGCGACUGCAGAAAAGUAUUUUGGAUCCUGGGCCUCUCUGAUAUUCCCCCCAGGGCUCGACAGUGCGACUGAAAAUAGAUGUGUGCGAAUUGUAAAAUGUAUUUAGGGGCACAUGUGCGACAAAAAAAAAUCAGGCGAGACAACAAAUGUUUUUUCAUGUAAAUACUGCGGUGAAGUUAGUUUUAGGUUGGAUAUUCGACUGAUGUUGACUGUGGAUCUACCGGUGUCUUCUCACUCUCCAUAACCGGGAAUAACAACAGCAGCGCGGUUAAAUCUACUCGGCACCCUCACUGUCAACGUCGGGUGUUGAAUAAGGGACCAUCAAUAAAUUACUGGUUGAUGCUCUCAAAAAAGCUGUUUCCCUUCAAUAGCUUCCAUGUCAUGUGACCAAUUGACUUGAAAUUGAUUUUAAAUAAAAGUACUAAGGUCGGACAAUAAGACACACCCCUUUAUUUCUCUAAUUUGUCCUCUAAACAUUUUUUUUGUGUUAAAUUUAAAGGCAAUUUUUUAACCUUUUAUUCAAUAGCUUCCAUAUCAUGUGACCAAAAGACCUAAAAUUGAUUUCAAAUAAUAUGUCAACCACUAAGACACAUUAAUUGAUCAAUUUUCAUUGUGCCCCUAAAGUUCUUUGUGUGCUCCUUACUUUUUCAAUUUAGGGGCACAUGAAAUUAGUGUCAAGCCCUGCCUCCACACUCCAGGACCUUCAAAUGAAACACAAAAUUAAUCUGAAAAAGGACUUUAGACCACUGAGUAACUCCAAUCCUUUUUUUUAGCCUGAGUUAGAAUCAACUUUGAAUCAACUUUUCAUGACAAUCCUCUAAGACUGCAGUCAUCUUUGUGACUUGUGCACCUUUCACAACCGUUUUCAUCUGCAGCCAGCUCAAGCUUUUUACAGGAGCUUUUACUUUCCUCACCUACCAACAUAUAGAGCAAGAAAAAAAACAAGUGAAGUCUUUGUAAGUGUGCACAUUCUCAGCCUUUAAGCUGAGUCGGAUUAAGUUUUAUCUGGAGGGUAAAGCAGCUGAUACCAGUGUGGAUUACUGAAGAUUAUUUCUAUCAGAUAAGUCUUAGAUUUCUUCCCAUGCCACGCAGAACUGAUGCAGCAGAUUGCACCCCUGUCUCAAUCUUGUGCUCUGAUGAGUUCUCCUCUUUCCAUUUCAGGGUGCGAGUCCGCUACCAGAAGAGACAGAAGCUGCAGUUUGAAACAAAGCUGGGGAUGAACUCUCCGUUCUGAUGUGCGGAGGGACGAGGAAUCAGCCUGUCAGCUCCAGGAGAAGCAGGGUAUAAAAACCGCAGCACCGUCUGUUAUCACUUCAAACCCCAAAGCACUGCAGCCAUCGAGUGGAGCACCUGAAUGUCACUGUUGGGGCUAAAACUCUUGGGUCUGUGAAUAUCCAAAAUGAAGGGCAGGAGAACGAGAACUCCAAAGCUUUCAUUUCCAUCAAGCAGAGAAGAAAAAUGCCAAAAAGGCAACUAUUUAUCGUCUGGUUUUAGUUUUAAAGGCAUGAGGAAUGUUUUCUGAAGCUGUUUAUGCUUCCUCAGUUUCCCAUCUGAAGGGUGCCACAAAGUUCCCAUCAAACCCCCCCCUUCAACUUUCAAAGGAUAUUUUUGUAAAGUUCAUUUUAAUUUCAUCCACUGAGACAAACGUUUUUAACUGCUUGUGUGAUUGGAAUUAGCCCAGCACUCAUGUCAUUUCACAGUCUGUUGUCGUUAAAAGGAAAAAAAAAAGGAAAACUGUGGAAAAUCAAAGUGUUCAGUGUUGAUAAAGACAAUUUCAUAAGUACAUUAUAUAAAACACAAACAGGAAUCUGUGAAAUAAUGAUGCACGACUUUGAAAAUGUCAAAACCCCACAUUCAGACUGCCUGAUUACCAAGUAGCCAUGUGUGCCAUGGUCUGUUUACGCCAGUGGUUCUCAAGUCCAGUCCUCGAGCCCCCCUGUCCUGCAUGUUUUGGAUGUUUCCCUGCUCCAACACACCUGAUUCAAGUGACCAGCUCGUUAUCAAGCUCUGGAAUGGCUUAAUAACGAGCUGAUCAUUUGAAUCAGGUGUGUCGGUCCAACACACCUGAUUCAAAUGACCAACUCGUUAUCAAGCUCUGCAAUGGCUUAAUAACGAGCUGAUCAUUUGAAUCAGGUGUGUUGGAGCAGGGAAACAUCCAAAACAUGCAGGACUGGGGGCCUCGAGGACUGGACUUGAGAACCACUGGUUUACGCUAUGGUUCAACGUACUUCAGAGACCAUUUAUAAAGUCUAGCCUAGCUUAGAGCAGUUGACCAUAAGAUCACACAAGAGGUCCGCAAGAUCACGUGGGAGUGUCAAGAUCACAGGAUGUAAACAGUGAAUAACACACUAAUAACACACCUGUCCAUGGGGGAUUAAUCAUUCACUUACUCGUGUUUUCAUCUACAGACAAGGCUAACAUCUUAAAGUCUUGUUGUGAUAGGUGCCGAUCUCAAGGUUUAUGUUUCAUAUAUUCAUAGUUGUCUGAUUUAUAUGAUCUUGUCGUCUCUCUUCAGCAGAGGUAGGUGUCCCAGUGGCAGAGCAAUGCUUUAGGACAGAGCUUAGAUGCAUUCAGGACAUGUUGGCUAGAGUGGGCACACACCAGCUUCAGUGUUCAGCACACAUGCUCGCUGUGGAACCAACAGGUCACUCUCAAAUGUGUCCUCUUGGCAUUGAAAAUUCACCCCCAUUUAUUAUUUACUGCAACUGUCUGCAUCCCUGAACAUUGCAUUCUGGGAUACCUUGCAGUGGGGAUCUUGCAGGUGGCACCAAAAACCAAAACAUUUGCUUUUAUCCAGUUAUGUAUUUAGUUGUGUUUUACAUAGUGUAUUUAUUGUUGUAUUUUUUAAUAUUGAACACAGUGGGGCUCCACAUGAAACUUGAAGUCUGUAGAUAAAGAGUGUGACACUACCUCCAAAAUAACAUAAUGAAUAAUUAUCUCUAGAGCUUUUUUUUUUUUUAACCUUUUUAUCGUUCAGCCACUUUAAUCUUCACUGUGGUAGCCAGACAGAAAACUUUCUUUAUUAUUUUACUGUAUUUAGUGACAAAUGUACCUCUUUGUUGCUAAAUUCCUGGGCCAAGUCGAGGUCAGACCUGCUGUAAAAAAAGAUUUUAAAUGAUUAUGUUUUAUACUCAUACAUUACUCAGACAUAACACACUGUAUGUUACACAUCUGUCUAACCGAGGAAUGUGCCAGCAUGCUACUUUGAACUCACACAGGAGCAGACUAAGCAGGUCCGUCGUUUAGCGAUGGACGUACUGAUAUACAAUCAUGUAUAACCCAGCGUGCCGACACACGCCGGGGUCUUCUGAAAGGUGCUUCAUAUCAUUCAGUUGCCUUCCUCCUCAGCCUGUUUCGGCUCUCCACACCACAGCAGGCAGGAGCUCAGGAUACUGCUCAUCUUUAAGUGUAUUUAAGUUUUUUUAUUUUAAGUGUAAAAAGUCCUCGCAGAUUUCUUUUGUUACUUUCUCCAGAUUUCAUAUUUGAUCAGCUGACCAGCAUAUUUCUCAGAUUCAGAUUUCUUUGCUGAUCUUUAUCACUUAUCUCUCUCUCUCUCCUUCAGCAUCAGCAGCAGACUUCUGUACCUCUGUUAAUUUCUACAAACCAGCCUUCUUUGUGGUGAUGUCAUUCUUUCACGUGGGUGUAAUGUUGUUUUUGUUUCUUUUUACAAAGAGGGCGAAAGCAUCAGCUGCUUACUUCACAACAAAAAUACAAAACAAUCAAAGUCACUCUUUCCAACGGACAGGACACACAACUGCCACGAAUGUAUCAUAGCCCAAUUUAUAUUCUUGUUGUGAUAUCAAAUUAUAUAUACUGUCAUUUUUCAUAUGUUUUCAGAUUCUGUUGAACUGAAAAUCAUCACAUUCACAUAUUGUAGAUCCCGUGUGUCAGUCCAGUCUUGCCCUCUGAAAAUGAUCACUUUCUGUACUUAACUAAACCACCACAAAGAGACUGACACAGCAACCAUUUGGUUUUCAGAUACCACAAGUUUAUGAGAACCUGGCCUUGACUUAAGUCUAUUUGAGUUAUUAAAAGGUAAUUCAGGUUUUUACAUUUUUGCUUUUUUAAUAAUAUGAUUAUAGAUAAGGAAAGUUUUCAGAUUUUUGAUGUUGUUUGCUGCUGCUAGAAUGAUCAACCAGAGCAAUUUCUCCUUAUGAAAAAAAGAGUCCAGGAUUCAGAGUGUGACCAGAAUUUGUCUUAAACUGAAACUUAAGAUGUGCUAGUUAAAAUGUGGGGGUCACAGAAUUUGUAACUUUUUGGAAAUUAGAUUUUACUAUUAAAAACAGACUGUGAUCAAAGUAAAUUUCUGUCUAUUUUAUUUGAAUUUGACAGCUCCUGGGUCUAAAGUAAGAGCCUGUGUCCACUAACAGCAUGUUGACAAUCCUUAACUGCUGUUUGUGCACACAGGCCCUAACCUAUUACUUUACAGUCACAAUUUUCUACUUGAAUGACUCAUGGCAUGGAGUAUUAAAAGGCUAAAGAGUUAGAUUAAAAUGCAUUUUGCAACACAAGAUCCACAGUGGAGAUAGAGAAAUAAGAAUAUUUGGUGGUGGGGGACGUAAAAUCAGGACGUCAGUAGCUUUGAUAUCGUGGCUCUCACCCUGUUAAACCUCUGCUCACUUUUGUGUGUGCGCCUGUUUAUACUAUUUGAAGCUACAAAUGCUGUUUUGAAUUCUUCAUUUAAAGAGGGAGUGUAUGUGAAGAAGCACAAUAAGGUUCUCGGGUUUUAUGGCACUUAAAUUCUCUUUAUCACUCUGUGGUUGAAUUAAAUAGUCGGCAUGAAACUACUGAAGACGGUUCAAAGAUAAAACUUUAAAUGCAAGAAACUGUUUUUUUGUUGUUUCUUUUUUGGUUUGCCCUGUGCUUUACUUUUACUGUUUUAUGUCAUGCCAAACAUGGACAAUGCUGCAUGAAAAUGAUCCAGUGAAUGCUCUGUCUCGACCAAUGUACAUGUUACCUAUAGCUCCAUUCAAACCCAAAUGGACUCAUCAAGCAUGGACUGUACGCUACCAGGCCUGUGGUCAAACCUGCAGAGUUAAUGCUGACACUAACACAGCACAUGUGCGGAGCUGAGACUCUCGAUCAAUGGAUUUAUACAAUGAGGGUGAUGGACUAUGAUAAAGUCGUCCACAAGAUUCAUAAAUGUAUAUUUUGUAUUUUUAAAAGCGUCUAUGUCCAGGACUUUUGACAGAUUCAUUUCUGUAUUGAUUAUGCCAUCUUAAUAAAUAUGCUCUUUUAUUCAUGGGGUUGUUGUUUCUUUUUUU